ACAGAUCCGGAGGCUGGAGUUUCUCCGGCUUUCCCGGCGGAGCCUCCCCGACGCGAUCGCUCCUUACGGGGCUCCCUCCGCUCGGCCGCCCGCCCGCUCCUUCGGGCGCCUCUGGGGUACUUUUUGGAGAGGUCGUGCGUCUUGGCGCACGUCGGAAGCGCCGCGGGCGCUUUCCGUUCCACCGAUCGGGAGCGGGGCUGGAUUUGCGCCGGCGCUGCUCUUCCCGGGCGCCGGAUUUGGGGAGGGUCUCUCGCACAGAGUGCCCGCCCCGCGCCCCACAACAAUUUGGAACAUUUUGGAACGCGCGACGUGGCUGCCCACCAGACGUUGCCCCGCUGCUAGACACGUGUGCCUGGGAUUUCAGACAGUUUCGCCUGCAGCUUUCCUCGCCUCGCCUCCUGCUAUGGAAAAAGGAGGGCGCGGGGCGACUUGGGGGGCUGGAUAGGGGCGGGGAGAGCUUUAGACGGGGGCGCGCUUCGGAAGACCGCCGGCGUCUCCAACCCUGCGCUGAGCAGCCCAGAAGCCAAGGCGAGGGGCUCUGAACCGCUCUCUCCUCCUUCUCCAUCGCUUCCUCGUAUUUUCAUCGCCCCCCUCCAAGAUGGCAGCUAUCCAAGCCCUCCAGCAAUGGUGCAAGCAACAGUGCCAAGGAUACCGGGAUGUCAGCAUCACCAACAUGACCACUUCUUUCCGGGACGGUUUGGCCUUCUGUGCUAUCCUUCAUCGCCACAGACCGGAUCUCAUGUGAGUUCUACAAAGAGAGAGAGUGCUGGGGAAGGGGUUGCCUUAGGGGUCUCACCCCCUUGCAAUUAAGGACUUGGUGUGUGUGUGCAAAGAACCCUUGCAAAGCACUGGGGGGGAUGAGGGCAGGAUGGCAAGUUUCUGGCAGGUAGAGCUUUCAGAGGGGGGUCUUCUGGAAUAGCUAAGUGGCACCUCCAUGGACAGAUGCAGUCUACCAGAGACUUAAGCCAGCAUGGUGCAGUGGUUAGAGUGUUGGACAAAGGCCUGGGAGUGACCAGGGUUCCCUUGGCCAUAAAUCAUAGAAUCAGAGAGUUGGAAGGGAUCCUGAGGGACAUCUAGUCUAACCCCCUGCAAUGCAGGAAUACUCAGCUGUCCUAUACAGGGAUCAAACCUGCAACCUUGGCAUUAUCAACACCACACUCUAACCGACUGAGCUAUAUUUUGGAACAGGCACUUACUCUCAACCUGGUCUGCUUCAUGGGGUUGUUGUGAGGAUUAAAUGAGGAGGCAGGGAGAACCAUGCAAAGGGGGGAUAUUUAAAGCAAAUAAUAAUAAUAAUAAUAAUAAUAAUAAUAUAGGUGGUGUCAGUGGACGCAACUUCUUCAUGUCUCCAAAAGGCAGGAUCAGCUGGGGUUUGUGGUCCAAAGUUGUUCCUUCGCAAGAUGAAAUGUCAAAGUGCUCUGAUCAGAAAAUACGAUGCGGGAAUAUCUCUCUUUAAGUAGUAGUAAUUGCUGAUGCUGGGGACCACAACUUCCAUCACCCCUUGGCCAUUUGCCAUGCUGGCUGGGGCUGAUGGGAGUUGGAGCCCAACAACUUAUGGAGGGCAGCAGUUUGCAGGAGGCUGCUUUGGGCAAUAGAGUUUCACAUUCAUUAACCUGUAAACAUCCAGGUCGAUCCAAUAAACUUCCUUAUCAAUCUGCCUUUGCUCUGAAAUCAUGUUCCAAUGUCCACCUCUGUUUGUGCCUUCCCUUUUCAAGCAAAGUGGGUGGCGCUUAGUGAGAGAAGCUUUCUUCCUCUGUUAUGGGAUGCCGUCCCCUGAGGCUCACCUGGCAGCAUCACAGCUUUCUUUUAGGCGCCAAGUAAAAAAACCCCACACCUUUUUGUUUGCUCAGCCUUUUGAAAAGUUCUUUUGCACUUUUAAAGUGUACUUGCCUGCUCCUUCCCCCUCAGUUUCGUCUUGUGUGCUUAAAAACAGACAAACAAACAAACAAACCUGUAUCCUGCCCUGGAGUCAAUCCGGAUGAAAGGAGGUUUUAAAAACAUGCUCAUUAAUUUUGUCCUGACGAUCUGUACAACAACCCUGCAAGGUAGUGCUGGCUGAAGCCUGCAGGGUGGCUUGCCAAUUCAGGACAGAGGUGAGAUCUGAACAAGUUUUUUCACCUAAAAGCAAAAGUGAUAAUACAGAGAUGCCUUGGCUAGUCACUGCUGAUAGCUUUUACCUCCGUGGAUUUCUGCAAUCUUCUUUAAAAGCCAACCAAGUUAGUGGCCAUUAUCACAUUUUGCAAUAGGGAACCUCACAAUUUAACUAUGCGCUAUGUGGAUAAAUUAUUUUUGUCUGUCCUGAACCUUCCAAUGUUCAGUUUCUCUGGAUAUCCUCUAAUAUUCUGAGAGAGGGAGCAAAACUUUUAUCUAUCCACUUUCUUCAUGCCAUGCCUAAUUUUUAUAAACUUGUAUCUUAUCCCCUCUAACUUGCCUUUUCCCUAAACCAAAAACUCCCAAAUGCUGGUGCCUUUCCUUGUAAGGUUGUUGAUCCAUCCCCUCCAUUAUCUGCAUUGCCCUUUCUUGAACUUUCUCCAACUCUUCCAUCUCCUUUUUGGGGUGAGGUGACCAGAACCCUACACGGAAUUCCAAAUGCAGUUGCACCUGAGAUUUGCAUCACGGUGUCAUGAUACCAGCAUUUUUCUUUUCAGCUCUUUUCCCUAAUGAUCCCUAGUGUGGAAUAUCAAUAAUUUUGGUUGCCCUUUUCUGAGCCUCUUGAGUAUCCUGGAUGUCUCAGUCGGUAGAGCAUGAGGCCUUUAAUCUCCGGGUCAUGGGUUCAAGCCACAUGCUGGGCAAAAUAUUCUUGCAUUUCAAGGGGUUGGACUAGAUGACCCUCAUGGCCCCUUCUAGCUGAUUGUCCAAUCAGCUGAUUGGCAGUCACAGCAAGCCUGGUGAGAUCAGCUGCAAUAGGGAGUGCCUGAGUGGGGGCUUCACAACACAGCUUGCCCCUCCCAUUUCAGCAAGUUCACCCCCCCUGUUUUGCCCUAGAUUCACACCAGGGCUGCAUGCAUUCCCCCAAAGCUAAGAAGUUCACCGUUUGUCUCCCGAAGCUUCAAAAUUAAUUCAAAUUGGCAGUUGCCACCCACAAAAAGCAGGAUGGAAUUCCAAAUAAUAAAUAACAAAAUUCAGCCCCUUCUCUUCCAAGUAAAUCCAUUGCAGGAGCAAAAGGAUUAAGAAGCAAAGAAAAGAAACUGCCUUCUCUUGGGAGUUAAGAAGACUAAGAGGUUUUCCACAGGCCUCUCGGGGGUCCACUAUAUCACCCUCCACUCCCACAGAUGAGGGCCAGACAAAGGAAUUGCUCACAACCAAACUUCGCCCACCGGAUGACGCCAUCCCUGUUGAAACCCCAAACGCACAUGAUGAAUGAACUCAGAGGUUAUGCAUGCCUGUCUGAGCCACUGUGGCAUAAUGUGCCCGUGUCCCACUUCCUUCCAUAUGACUGACUCUGAUGGAGGAACUGGUGGGAAAUAGGAGACAGCUGAGCAGUUGAGCUGUAUCGCUGCUUCUCCCCAGCCCUCUCCUCUGCCUUCAGCACCAACAGGUCAAAGAAUCGUAGAAAUGUUGAGUUGGAAGUGUAAUAAACAAAAAUCUGCCCUUAUUCCCUUAUGGGGAACGCAAGAGCCCUUAUAGAGUCCUUUGUAGGUUCUCCAUCGGUCGGAGAAAAGAACAGAGGCCAACCAGAGAAUAUUGAGAAGCAAAGCAGCUCGUAAGCCUGAUCUUUAUUGAUCUGUUGCAACAGGGUGCUCCCCUCACACGCAGGAGGACAGAGGAGGAACCCAGAACAAAGGUGUGCCCGCCCUUAUAUAGACAAUUUAAAUUGCCUUCCCUGGAGCUCAAGACCACCCCUCCAUACAUCAUACAUGCAUCACAGAAGGGGUGUAACCCAAGACUCCCUCCCACAAACAUCAUACCUACAUCACAUAAAAGGCGGUCUACAACAGAAAUUUGAAUGGUGUUGUUUUUCCUAUCUGCCAGGUUAUCUGAUAAUGUCUUAUCUGAUUGCCUUUCCUGGUAGUCUGGCCAUUCCUUUGAGAUGGUGAUUUGCCAAUUCCUGAGACAAUGGGAAGGUUCUCUGAUCCCCUCUCUCCUUGCAGAGAAAACAUUUGGUCAGUUUGGGAGUCAAAAUGGUUUCAGGACUGUCUUCCUGUGCUGAUCUAUGUACGUGCUUGUUUGGUACAUUUAUGAACAUUUAUUAUAUAUAUAAGACCUUAAAAUUUUUAUUUCAGAAGGGACCCCCAAAUGUCAUCUAGUCUAACCCCCUGCAAUGCACGAAUCUCAGCUAAAGCAUCCAGGACAGAUGGCCACCCAACCUCUGCUUAAAAACCUCCGAGGAAGGAGAGUUCAAAACCUCCCGAGGGAGGUUCUGCAGUCAGACAUCUCUCGCUGUUAAAUCCGCAGAUGGAUUCAAUAAGUUUUGCUCUGUUCUUAAGAGCCCAUCUGAUUCUGGACCUUUGCUAUGGAGCCUUCCUGGAAAAAAGCCAGGAUUCUUGUCCCAUAUCCUUUCUCUUGAUUGCAUCUGUGUUUAAACAGUGUUUGUUUCUCAGCAAACAGACACUAAACUUACCCCUUGGAAUGUGGAGACUAAAGCAAAUAGUUUAGAUGGAAAGCCUGCCUGCCUGUUAUUGUUUUGACUUGCUUUGCUAACAGGUCUGACACAUGUUUGGCUGUUUAUACAUAGUCCACAUCCUUCUCAGGAAAAGCAGGCGGCGGGGGGGGGGGGUAGAGGAGAGAAGUGAAACAGAAUCUGCUCGCCCAAUGGCUAUCCUCUGCCUCCAUAUUUUUACAAUUUGUUAAUCACUUUCUAAACCACUGUCCCAAGGUGAUUUGCACAUAAGAUAAUUAAAAACUGUUAAAAAAACCCCCAAGAUUAAAAUUCCAGUGAAGCAUACUGGGAAAGACCCCCUUUAUCUAUCUGGGGAAACCUGUCGGAUCAAAAAUGUCUUCAGCUGUUUCUGGAAAGUGCCUGUUGAAUCUUGACAGGGAUACUCUAGCCAAGUAAGAUUGUCUUCCAUGAGCGCAGUCUUAACAGUGAGUCUGUAAUUGACUGUGGAGGCCAGUUCUGGAUCCACAUGUCCUUCCACAGUGGGGACAUAGGUUUCCGGACGGGAGUUGAUCACAGUGAGGGUUUGCCAAGCGUGUCUUCCUCUUAGCACAUUUCUCCAUUGCGUCCUGAGUUCCAGCAUCUUCAAAGCCCAUGACACCUUUGGUAAAGGCCGUUCUCCAAUUGGAGCGCUCGCAGGCCAGUGUUUCCCAGUUGUCUGUGUUUAUACUACAUUUUUUUAGAUUUGCAUUGAGAGAGUCUUUAACCCUCUUUUGUUGACCACCAGCAUUACGCUUUCCAUUUUUAAGUUCGGAAUAGAGUAGUUGCUUUGGAAGACGAUCAUCAGGCAUCCGCACAACAUGACCAGUCCAAUAAAGUUGAUGUUGAAGCAUCAUCGCUUCGACACUGGAGAUCUUUGCUUCUUCCAGUACACUGGCAUUAGUUUGCCUGUCUUCCCCAGUGAUGUGUAAACUUUUUCGGAGACACCAUUGAUGGAAUCUUUUGAGGAGUUGGAGAUGGCAUUUAUAAGUGGUCCCUGUUUCACAAGCAUGGGACCUGAGCACCCCGUGUGGCUUCUCGCCUGUUCAAUACGACCAGCAGAAGCUGAGUCAAUUCUGCCCACUGGCCUGAUUUGCAUAAUGGAUAUAGGGGGCAAGACUUUUUUUGUGGGGAGGAGACGUUUAGGUGAAGUUGAGCAGGAUUUUGAUGCACACAUAUCUCUGUUGUUAAUAGGGAGUGGGCUUUUGUGGGGCGGCUUCUCUGACCCUCUCUAUGCUGUUUCUUAAGUUGCGGUAAAAGAUCAUUUGCCAGCUUGCUGCUCCCCCAAAAAGCAUCUUUUGUGCUGUUACCUCCCAAAAGCCCCAACAAGCACGGGGGGGGGGGGGAUUUGUGGUCCAGAGCACCAGGAGGGCACCAGGUUGAUGAAGGCACCAGGUUGCUUUGUACACAAGCAUUUUGGUUUCCCUGUGAAUGUCCCAGUCCUCAUACACUCUGCACUUCAAUCGGGAGAAAGCUGUACUUGCAGAGAAGAAGAAGAAGAGUUUGGAUUUGAUAUCCCACCUUUCACUCCCUUUAAGGAGUCUCAAAGCGGCUGACAUUCUCCUUUCCCUUCCUCCCCCACAACAAACACUCUGUGAGGUGAGUGGGGCUGAGAGACUUCAGAGAAGUGUGACUGGCCCAAGGUCACCCAGUAGCUGCAUGUGGAGGAGUGGAGACGCGAACCCGGUUCCCCAGAUUACAAGUCCACCACUCUUAACCACUACACCACACUGGCUCUCAGGUGAUGCUCAGGUGAUGCUGAAUUUCGGCAUGAAUGUCGGCCCUUGUAGAAAGAUAACUCCCCAGGCAGGAGAAGUGAUCAACACUUUCCAACGUUACACCAUUGUGUUGGAUUUGUGACACUGUGGAGGGGUUGUUUUGUGCUUGUUGGUGCAGCACUUUGGUUUUUUGGAUGUUGAGCAAUAGGCCAAGAUUUCCAUAAGCUUCUGCGAAGAUAUUUAGGAUGGUUUGGAGGUCAUCCUCUGAGUGUGCACACACUACGUUGUCAUCAGCAUACUAAAGCUCUAUGACGGAGGUUAUGGUAACCUUAUUCUUUGCUUUCAGCCUAUUCAGCUUAAAGAGCUUUCCAUCUGUUCAAUAUAUUAUUUCUACUCCGGUGGGGAGUUUCCAUUUGACAAAGGGUAGGAUCAUGGCGAUGAAAAUAAUAAAUAGAGUUGGGGUGAUAACACAGCCCUUUUUAACACCUGAUGCCACUGUGAAUGGUUCACUGAGAGCCAUUGUUAUCUGUGAUUGCUGCUGUCAUAUUAUCAUGGACGAGCUGAAGCCAUUGCCUCCAAUGUUUGACAUGCACACACCGCAAAUCUACCUUAAGAGCUGAGUGCUGGGAGCAAUUCACAUACUUUUUCCUGAUAAUCUUUACAGCGACCCUGCGAAGUAGACCAGUAUGAUUAUUCCCAUGUAGCGAGGGAGCUACAAUUCCCAGAUUUCCUUGGGAAGAGGGAUUGGUUGUUGAACCACUCUGGGAACUGCUACUUCUUCUUUCUUCUUUGGCUAUCACUCGUAGCCAAUUAAGAUUGUCUGCAGCUGUAUGAGGGCAAUAGAGGGGGUCUCCCAGCGACUCUCAGCACCCUAUAAAACCGCAGCUCCCAGGAUUCUUUGAGGAGCUGAACUGGAAGCUGACCUGAAGCCGAUUCGUGAGCGGAGGAAGGAAAAAUCUCUUGUGCUGAGGAUCCAGAAGUAAAAGUGAGUCUUCACUGAAACCGUAGAGAAGGCAGAGUACUUUCCUGCCUCUGUCCUGAGUCAGCGGCACACGAGCCAGGAGAGGCGGCUGAGCUCCUGUUUAUCUCCAUAUCUUCAUAACCUUCAUUGGGGGUUUUUAAUAAGAGGUUGGGUGGCCAUCUGUCCUAUAAGAUCGAGUUGAGAUUCCUGCAUUGCCGGGGGUUGGACUAGAUGACCUUUGGGUUCCCUCCCCAGUUCUAUGAUUCCAUGAAACCACAGCUGUUUAAAGUGGCAUCACGGCCCUUUAUUUAUAGUGCCAAGUGGCCUUUGUCUCUUCAUUAUUUACCCUCCUUUUCCCCUUCGCAUGUAUCUCUUCCUGCUUCCUGCCAGCUCCUCCCACCUCCCUCAGGCAUUUCCUUGAACUUCUCUCCCUCCUGUUCUCUUCCUGGCCAGGGAAUCAACUUUCCUUUCAAACUGUGGCAGCGGGAAUCCUUUUUCCACUGCCCCGGUGGUGUUGUUCUGAGAGUACGGAAUUCCCCUCCCUUCUCCCUGCUUUCCCUUCAUUUCCACUCCAGUUUCAUUACUAAUUGCCUCUGUCAAUCUAGCCAGUUCAGUAUACUCUAACAGUUUGUCUUGCCAUUCCUUUUUUGUUGGCGCAAAUUCUUUUUUCCAGUUUUUAGCAAUUAGGAUCCUUGCCGCUCCUGUUGCAUAGAGGAAUAUUUUCUGAUCUUCUCUUGCUAUACCUGUGUCUGUUAUCCCUGGUAGAAAAGCUUCUGUAUUUUUCAUAAAGUUAUACUUAAACAUUUUUUUAAGCUUGUCAUAUACAGUGGUUCCUCGGGUUAAGUACUUAAUUCGUUCUGGAGGUCCGUACUUAACCUGAAACUGUUCUUAACCUGAAGCACCACUUUAGCUAAUGGGGCCUCCCGCUGCUGCCGCACUGCCGGAGCACGAAUUCUGUUCUCAUCCUGAAGCAAAGUUCUUAACCUGAAGCACUAUUUCUGGGUUAGCGGAGUCUGUAACCUGAAGCAUAUGUAACCUGAAGCGUAUGUAACCCGAGGUACCACUGUACUAUAUUCCAGAAGCUUUUGAUUUUUUUCACAGGUCCACCAAACAUGUAUAAGUGUCCCCUCUGUUUUACCACACCUCCGGCACAGAUUUGUUUUUGUCUUAUACAUGUUAGCUAUUUUGGUAGGUGUUAAGGACCAGCUGUAUAACAUCUUGAAUAGAUUUCCACUCCAGUUUCAUUACUGCACCAGGCAGGUUUGUUUGACCUCCUGCGCCUUUAAUAGUUGUGUAGAAUUUGGAGGGGGGAAUUUUAUUAUGUGCCGCUUCUCCCCUUUCCUACAGCGAGACAAGUUGCGCUUGCAAAAAUUUCCUUUUUUAAGCAGCUGUGAAAUGAUAGAGGAGACCGCAUGCCCUCGAGGAAAUCGCUUGGCUUCUACUGAGUGGGGCUUUUUGCACGACAGGCAGAAAUCAACAGGUCAAGACUUUCCCAGGAUGUUGAUAUGGUGAUGCUGGAAACUUGCCACAGGCAUGUGGGGGUCAGAGACUCAGGGUCAGCCUCAUACCCCUUGUCCUUCCUUGCCCUGGGCUGAGAUGCAAGUAUGGGCAGGAUCCUUUGGGGGAGCGGAGGACAACUGAGCAACUGUUUCCAGCUUCUCUUCAUCUGCGUUGUGUGCAUGUACAGGAAAGGAUAAACUCACAUUCCAGCAAAGGGCAGUUCAGAAAACUGGAGAGCAACAGUAGCAAUGUGCAAACGUCAAGUAAGAUGGACUAGUGAAUUCAGUUUGUGCUCUAUGUGGGGCGACCUUUGAAGGUGACCUGGAAGCUACAACUCAUCCAGAAUGCGGCAGCUAGACUGGUGGCUGGGAGCAGCCGCCGAGACCACAUAACACCGGUUUUGAAAGACCUACACUGGCUCCCAGUACAUUUUUGAGCACAAUUCAAAGUGUUGGUGCUGACCUUUAACACCCUAAAUGGCCUCGGUCCAGUAUACCUGAAGGAGCGUCUCCACCCCCAUCGUUCUGCCUGGACACUGAGGUCCACCUCCGAGGGUCUUCUAGCAGUUCCCUCGCUGUGAGAAGUGAGGUUACAGGGAACCAGGCAGAGGGCCUUCUCGGUAGUGGCACCCUUCCUGUGGAACGUCCUCCCACCAGAUGUCAAAGAGAACAACAACUACCAGACUUUUAGAAGACAUCUGAAGGCAGCCCUGUUUAGGGAAGCUUUUAAUUUUAAUAUUCUGUUGAAAGCCACCCAGAGUGGCUGGGGAAACCCAGCCAAAUGGGUGGGGUAUAAAUAAAUUAUUAUUAUUAUUAUUAUUAUUAUUAUUAACAUACUAGGACUGCUACUUGCUUGCCAUUAUGGUUUCAUUUACUGUAUUUGUAUCCCACUUUUCCUCUGGACCCUUCUCUGUUUUGUCCUCAACAACAGCCCUGCCAAGUAGGAUAGACUGUGAUGGAACAAAUGGCCUGAGGCCAGCCAGUGAACUUCGUGGCUGAGUAGGGUUUUGAAGCAGGAUUCAAUCCUCUAACCCAGGCUUCCUCAACCUCGGCCCUCCAGAUGUUUUUGGCCUACAACUCCCAUGAUCCCUAGCUAGCAGGACCUGUGGUCAGGGAUGAUGGGAAUUGUAGUCUCAAAACAUCUGGAGGGCUGAGGUUGAGGAAGCCUGCUCUAACCAUUGCACAGCCGGUCAAACUAUUGGAAACGUCUUCCUGAUUUCUGAUUCUUCCGGUCAUUUUAGCCAUUUCAGCAUAGUCCAUCAACUUCAUCCGCCAUUCUUCUCUGGCAGGGACUUUAUCUUCUUUCCAUCUCUUCCACCUCUCCUUUUAUCACCCUACUAUCCUGCUCUAGUGUCCUUAUCUGUGGCUGGACACGCAAGCCAGCAGGGGACUUUCCUCCCGUGCCCAACCUCUGUGUUUGCAUGCCAAACUUUGCACCUGCCAGGUGGGUCUUAAGGUUAAUGCCCAGGUAGAAAUGAAAGAGAAAGCGAGGGCGCUGCCUCCAAAUUGCAGCAGGAUUAUAAACUUAAAGCUCCGGUGGUGAUGAUUUCCUUUCAAGUCUUGAGCCGGAGUAAUAAAGAGCAAAGAUCAGCGUGGUUUUUUUGGCUGCUUUGCGGCGUCUGCGUUGCCCAACCAGCUAUGCCUUCGGAGGAAAUGUGUUCUCAAGCUGAUUUUUGAUGACUCAUUGGUCCUGAGUCAUGCUUCCCUAAAACCGCCGUGGAAAAUGCCUGCUAGCUCUCCGUGCCCAGUUCUUCCGAGUACAGCGGUACCUUGGUUCUCAAACCUAAUCCAUUCCGGAAGUCCGUUCCAAAACCAAAGAGUUCCAAAACCAAGGCGGGCUUUCCCAUAGAAAGUAAUGCAAAACGGAUUAAUCCGUUCCAGACUUUUAAAAACAACCCUUAAAACAGCAAUUUAACAUGAAUUUUACUAUCUAACGAGACCAUUGUUCCAUAAAAUGAAAGCAAUAAACCAUGUAUAGUGGUACCUCUAGUUAUGAACUUAAUUCAUUCCGGAGGUCCGUUCUUAACCUGAAACUGUUCUCAACUAGAGGCGUGUGUUCACUAAUGGGGCCUCUUGCUGUUGUUGCCCUGCUGGCACACGAUUUCCGUUCUCAUCCUGAGGCAAAGUUCUCAACUUGAGGUAACUCUUCCAGGUUAGCGGAGUUUGUAACCUGAGGCGUUUGUAACCUGAACUGUAUGUAACCUAAGGUACCACUGUACUCAAAAUGGAAGCGUAACCCUCAAAACAGAGCAUGUUCGGCUUCUGAAAAAGGUUCGCAAACCAGAACACUUACUUCCGGGUUUGCAGUGUUUGGGUUCCAAGUUGUAUGAGUGCCAAGGCAUUUGAGAACCAAGGUAUUCCUGUACAGAGUCACCCACCCACUCAGUGGACAAUUGGUUGCUUGUGGCUUGGUCUGAGAUCAGAGGCGAGUGCAAGCCAGCAUUCCUCAGGCUUAAGGGAGUUGUAGUUCAAGAUCUCUGGAGAUGCAUGGAGUUGGGGAUGGCGAUUAUAGGAUUUGGGGGUGGCUGCACCGGUUCAUGUUCCUCAGCAAGUUUGGAAGGUGCUUUUAAUAAACGUAUCUACCUGCUUCUCUGGCCACAUUUACAGCAUACGUUUAAACCAGCAUCAUGCCGUUUUAAACAGGCAUGGCUUCCCCCCUGCAAAGAAUUCUGGGAGCUGUAGUUUGUUAAGGGUGCUGGGAAUUCUUAGGAGGCCCCAUUUCGUACCCUCCAGUGCAUCAAAAGGGAAAAACCAGGACGCCAUAUUCUGGGGUGUCGUAUUCCCUUUUUUUUUCUAGGGAGAACAUGAGGGCCAUUUUGGGUGCUGUGAUUUCACGCUGCAAUCUCUCCCUGAAAAAGUGCUUUUCAGGCAUGCCGCCUCAAAAUGCACAAGAUCGCAGCCGCGGGGAAAACACUGAGGAAAUUGUGCAAGAUCACAGCGCCCUAAAUGGUGAGCGGAGCUGGCGAGCUGAGGGUUCGAUCCUGCUGGGUGCUGCUUUGCCUGCGACAAUCCCUGCAGGGAUUGAAACUCAGAUCCCUGCACCCGGCAGGAUCGCAUGCUCCACUCUCCAGCUGAAUAAAGUUCUCGGUGCCCAGUCUCACUUGUUUGGCUUAAACCUCCCUUCUCUUUGACCUUCUUUUCCAGAAACUUCGAUGCUCUGAGCAAAGAAAAUAUCUACGAAAACAACCAGUUGGUAAGAUUUUCCAGUUCUGCUUCCUGCUGUGACGUCAUGUUUUCUGUGCCCUCAGGGUGCCUCUCUGCCCCUCCUCUCUGCCCCAUGCUUUGGCCCUGGACAGAUUAGAUCAAAACAAACGGACCAUAAAUUAAGACAGCGUGCCAAGAAACUUAACCCUUCUUCCAUUCUGCCUGCAUCUGGCAGCCUUUGGGUCAAUUCAAACACUCCUCCAUCUGUACCUGUUUAAUCGACGUUUGCCACUUUGUACAAAAGGCUUGGCAAUGUGCCCUGAAUCGAACCAAAGGCUGCCGCUCGUUUGCCAUGUUGCCAGAGAAGAAAAUCAGGAAUUUGUUUGAGCCGUGGGCUAGUGUAGAAAAUAUCCUUUACUGUUCAGGACAUAGAGUGCCGCCCUUUUCUGUCCAGGCUCUGAAAAACCAGUUCUGCAAGUUUUCCAACGUGGUCAAGUGCAGCGAGGGAAAAGCUAGAUGCGAGGGGUGUCUAUUGGCCAAUGCACGUGCUGUCACCAACACUCAUACACACCCAGAUCCUCAAGGCGGUUUUGCAAGUUUAUAAUUUGUUUGAGGGGGAGAGGUGAAGGAUUGAAGAAUAAGUGUAUCCACAUGGAUUUGGGGAAAUGUGUCUCUGUGAGGCAAGUGGAGAGGCCGGACUAGGACCUGGGAGAACAGGUUUCAAAUCCCCACAUGGCCAUGAAGCUUCCUGAGUCACCUUGGGGUUCAGUCACUGCCUUUCAGCCUAACCCACCUCACAGGGAUGUUUUCGGAUUAAAUGAGCAGGUGGAGAACCAUGCCUGCUAUCUUGAGCUUCUUGAAGAGAAAGUUGGGGUGGACAUGCAAUAAAUAAACAAACAAAUAAAUAUUACAUACACACACACACCUUUUUCUGAGGACUGUGGAACAGUAUAGAUGGCUCUCCUUCCUGUUUUAUCUUUACAGCAACCCUGUGAGGUAAGUUAGCCAUAGACAUGCCCAGUAGGCUUUUGAAGACAGAGGUACUUUGGCUGGGUCGGGACGAUAUGGGGGGCAACUCCCAUCUCUUGCGGGGGUGCAAUUAGUGCCAGCACCAUCCGUUAAGAAUUUGGGUGUAAUCUUCGACACCUCCCUUUCCAUGGAGGUGCAGAUGCAGCUACAACAAAGGCGGCAUUUUUUCAUCUCCACCAAGCUAAGCAGUUGGCUCCUUACCUCUCUCGCCCUGACCUCGCCACUGUGAUCCACGCGGCGGUCACCUCCAGGCUUGAUUAUUGCAACUCGCUCUACGUGGGGCUGCCCUUGAGACUGACCCAGAAACUCCAGCGGGUGCAGAAUGCCGCGGCUAGAAUCCUUACUGGGUCCUCACCGCAGGAUCACAUUCACCCAGUGCUAUACCAGCUGCACUGGCUCCGAUGGGAUACAGGAUCAGGUUUAAGGUGCUGGUUUUAACCAGCCCUAUAUGGCCUAGGACCCUCAUACCUACGGGACCGCCUCUUCUGGUAUGUCCCACAGAGGACCUUACGGUCUUCAAACAAAAACAUAUUGGAGGUCCCAGGCCACAGAGAGGUUAGGCUGGCCUCAACCAGAGCCAGGGCUUUUUCGGCCAUGGCCCCGAUCCGGUGGAACUCUCUGUCACAAGAGACUAGGGCCCUGCGGGACUUGACAUCUCUCUGCAGGGCCUGCAAGACAGAGCUGUUCCACCAGGCCUUUGGCCAAGGCACAGCCUGACCCCCUUCUUUGGUAAUUCUUCACAGAACUCUAGCCCAAUGGUUGCUAUUAAUUUGAUUUGAACCGAUUUUAUAAUGAAUGGAUUUUAGAAUGCUGUAUUACUUUAAUGUUGUUAGCCACUCUGAGCCCAGCUUCGCCUGGGAAGGGCGGGAUAUAAAUAAAAAAUUAUUAUUAUUAUUAUUAUUGGCUUCAUGACUGAAUGGGCAGGGUAGGAUUUGAACCUGGGUCACCCCGGUCUCAAACCUUUAUGACAUACAAACAAAAUUCUGAAAGGUUCGGUGCAAUAGAAUCACUCAGCAAAAUCUGCUUCUAACAAUUAAAAUACUGUCAUACAACAUUUGUGAAUCCUCACUGCGUGUUGCAGAAACCUGGCUACUGUCUGCAAGAUCACCCCAGUCUCCAAUCUGACCCUGCUAUCCUUGCACCUCGCUGGCUUCUAUAUUUUAUAUUUUUGCAACCUCUCCCUAGACUCUGCCUUCCCAUUUGGAAACUGGACCGUGCCCUGCUCAUUCGCUUGUGUUUACCGAAAAUUGCAUUUCUGGAUCUCUGCAUGCGUGGUGGUGGGGGAAGGGAGCUGUUGUCUUGCACAGAUGUUUCCCAACAGAGGCACGGCAUUCGGACCACCCAUCCGGCUCUGUGCUGGCUCCAGAAAUCUGAAUGUGGGCUGGCUGGAUGAAUGAAUGAAUGAAUGAAUGCAUUCAGAAUGGAAUGUGCCUUGUGAAGAAGAUGGGCUGCAGAUUUUGCGGCUUCUACAAGGAGAGCUUCCUUGGCCUCAGCCCAGAAUCCGUUCCACCGCUGCCUUGGAAGCCUCAUCCUCAGCCUGCCCCUGCCAGAGAAUAUUUCCAUGAGGACUAGUGACUUGACCCUCCGCUGAGCGCUGGGAUGAUGCCGCAAAGAGGCCACUCUGACAUCCCUUUGCCUCUGGGCUUGUUUUGCCUCUGAUUCCUGAGCCCCGAAACCAGGCUUUAGUUCAGCCAAGUGUGGGGGUGCUUCAUUCCCUUGUGGGAGACUUUUAGGGGGCCUCAUGCUUGGGCUGGGGUGGGCCAGUGGCGGGAAUAGGCAGAAAGGCAUCUAUCCAAACAGACCCAUAGCUUCCUCUGGCAAGGAAAAUACAUUAUCAUACUCCACAGCAGGGUGGAUUUGAUUUAACUCAAAUCGAUUUAAAUCACGAUUUAAAUCACUAGUCAGUAAGGCUUGAUUUAAAUCACUAGUCAGUAAUAAUAUAAUAAUAUAAUAAUUUAUUAUUUAUACCCCGCCCAUCUGGCUGAGUUUCCCCAGCCACUCUGGGCGGCUUCCAAUCAAGUGUUAAAAACAAUACAGCAUUAAAUAUUAAAAACUUCCCUAAACAGUAAGGUAAGACUUGAUUUAAAUCUUUUUUUUUUUUUUUACAUAAAGACUCAUUCUUGCUGGUAUUAUCUUAAUAUUCACAACCAGAUGAAGGUUUCCUUUUUGAAAUAAUAAAUUCCCAGAGUAGUUUUUACAGUUAUAUCAAAAAUUGCUGAUUUGGUUAUAAUACAUAGACAGAUAAUUAUGAAAUUAUUUACAGGUAGGUAGCCGUGUUGGUUCUGUAGUGGAAACAAAAUAAAAAAAUUCCUUCCAGUAGCAACUUAGAGACCAGCUGAGUUUGUUAUUGGUAUGAGCUUUCGUGUGCAUGCACACUUCUUCAGGCUUGUUUGCCUCGAUUGACUACCGUCUCCAAUUUUGUUCAUACAAUAUUGAUUUAUUUUAUUAGCUGUAUCUCCACCAUAUGUUCUCUAUUCAAGAACUUUGAAAUAAUACAGGUUAUACAUACCAUAUUUUUCGCUCUAUAAGACGCACCAGACCAUAAGACGCACCUAGUUUUUGGAGGAGGAAAGCAAGAAAAAAAAUAUUCUGAAUCUCAGAAGCCAGAACAGCAAGAGGGAUCGCUGCGCAGCGAAAGCAGCAAUCCCUCUUGCUGUUCUGGCACCUGGGAUAGCGGCGCAGCCUGCAUUCGCUCCAUAAGACGCACACACAUUUCCCCUUACUUUUUAGGACGGAAAAAGUGAGUCUUAUAGAGCAAAAAAUACGGUAUAUAUGUUGUUAGAACAUGAUUAGCCACACGUUGCCUCUUACUUUUUAAGUUGGUCUGUGUUUGCAACACAGGGGAUUUUUUUUUGUUACAUGCAACCUGGACCACCAGAUCUCUUCAUUGCCUACUGCGGUUUCCUCUACCCUGACACCCUCCAGCUGUUGUUGAACUUCAGCCCCCAUCAGCCCAAGCCAACAUCUGGAGAACAUCAACCUGGGCUGGGCUAGCCUAGUUGCAGUAUAGCCAUUAAGGGACGCCUCUCAUCCGGCCGUACCUGACCCUGCUGAACCACAGCAAGACGUGGUUGCCGGGGCUGUGGGAGGUCUCUCUUCUCACCCAAAGUUCUUAUUUUCUGCCCCCCAAAACAUGGUGGUCACCCCAUUGCCGUAAGCCCUGUAUAUUUACAUUUUGUUCUUUAAAGCAGUUGGGUGAAAGCAAGCUGCUGUAUCUGUGACUUGCCAUUAAAGCCUUAAAAAGAAAAAGAAUGCAAUAAGAAAUAAACCUAAAAAGAGGGUGAAAGAAGAAUGGGAAUGUUUAAAUAAUUACCUAGGGGGUAAGGGUUCAUCAAUAAAGACCUCGUUAUGUUUAGCAUGAUACCGCAUAGGGAAAUGUUCCCUGAUACCAAGAUGAGGGAUUCUUUGGAAUGCAGAUAGAGAGAAUUGAUAAGAAUAAUGAUCUGUUGUGACCUUGAUAAAAGCGUGCAACAGACGCUUGUGUUUUGGCUCAUUUUCCUCCCCCCCUUUUUUCCUUUCAUUUUUUUCCUUCCUCCUCCUCCUCCUCCUUUCCUUUUCCUUUUUCCUUUCCCAUAAUAGCUUAUGUUUUAUGCCACGUACUUCGAUAUUUUUUGUACAGUGAUACCUCUGGUUAUGGGAAGUGGGUGGCACUGUGGGUUAAACCACAGAACCUAGGACUUGCUGAUCAGAAGGUCAGCGGUUCGAAUCCCGGCGAUGGGGUGAGCUCCCGUUGCUCGGUCCCAGCUCCUGCCAACCUAGCAGUUCGAAAGCACGUCAAAGUGCAAGUAGAUAAAUAGGUACCGCUCCGGCGGGAAGGUAAAUGGCGUUUUCGUGCACUGCUCUGGUUUGCCAGAAGCGGCUUAGUCAUGCUGGCCACAUGACCUGGAAGCUGUACGCCGGCUCCCUCAGCCAAUAAAGCGAGAAGAGCGCCGUAACCCCAGAGUCGGUCAUGACUGGACCUAAUGGUCAGGGGUUCCUUUACCUUUACCUACCUCUGGUUAUGUACUUAAUUCAUUCUGGAGGUCCGUUCUUAACCUGAAACUGUUCUUAACCUGAAGCACCAGUUUAGCUAAUGGGGCCUCCCGCUGCCAUCGGAGCAUGAUUUCUGUUCCCAUCCUGAAGCAAAGGUACUAUUUUUGGGUUAGCAGUAACCUGAAGCGUAUGUAACCCGAGGUACCACUGUAGAUUUUUUUAGCUUUCCAUUAUUAUUAUUAAGGGCUUUUCUUUUGUAAUUUUGGUUGUUUAUAUUUAUAUGUAUUUGUUUAAAGCAAAAUAAAGUAUAAAAAAAGAAAGAAAGAAAAAGAAAAAGACAGAUAUUGUUCUCUGGGAAAACGAGGGGAGGGGGAGUCUAGAACAGGCCAAGCUUUAAUACGAAUCGGGGGGGGGGGGGACGCAACCAGGAAGCUGAUUUUAAGAUCUCUCUGCUCAGCUGUGUAAAACUGUAAUGGAUUCAAGAUGGUGGAGCCUCAUGGAAAGUCGCCAGUUGAGACCCAGGAGGACCACCUCCCACCAGCGUUGGCAGCAGUGGGCAGAUGGAAACAAUGGUCUUUGACUUAGUGAUGUUGUUGCUUUUGCUGUUGUCAUUUAUUUAAAGCCUUUUUAAAACCUUGCUCUUUCAUCCCAGAGUUGCCUUUACUAACAACAGUAGGCAGGCAGACCCUGCUCCUCAGGCUGGCAAACUUACCGUCCUUUUCCAUGUAAAAGAUUAGGUUUAUUUUUACUUUAAAAUCAUGCUAAAAAGUGAGGGUCGUCUUAUACAUGGAUAGUGCAUAGGGUGGACGUUUGAUUGGCUGCUGGCAGCUAUUGUGCGUGUGAUUGGUCGCUGCAUCAACGGGUGGUGUUGAUUGGCCGACGUGGCGAGGGGACAGACGGGAGGUGGAUUUUGCGACACGCGCAGGUGACCGAUUUUCUGCAUUCCCCCCUUAAAAAAAGUUCAACAACCCUUGGUAAACCCACUCCCAAGGAAAGCUCAACGACUCUGGGCAAUCAUCCCCCCAAAAAGCUCAACAACUUUUUGCCAUCUCCCCCCAUUUUCCGAAAAUCCAGUCCCCCAAAAUUAGGGGCGUCUUAUACAUGGAGGCGUCUUAUAGACAGAAAAGUACGGUAAAUGGUAGGACACACAAGGGGGAAAAAGAGAGGAGGAAGGGAGAGAAAAACCUUCCCAGUGAGUUCCAGAAUCAGCUCUUAAAGCGAAUUUAUUUCUUUGAUUUUAAAAGAAUUUUAGGGCCAGGCACCCUCGCCAAAGGGGGGAUUCCACGCAGAUACACAGAUGUAGGGGUGCAAAUAUCCAGUGUGGGGGUCAGGUGGGAUUGCUAUGAGGAAUUAUGAAAUAUGGAGCAAGCCAUUUGUGUCAGCAAUGAAAGCAUUGAAUCAUAGAAUCAUAGAAUCAUAGAGUUGGAAUAGACCACAAGGGCCAUCGAGUCCAACCCCCUGCCAAACAGGAAACACCAUCAGAGCACUCCGUUUUUUUAAAAAAAAUGAUAUUUAUUAAAGAAAGAAUCACAUCAACAAAAAAAGAAAAAUUCAAGAAUAAAAAGAAAAAUACACAAUGCAAAAUACAAAAAGAAAAAAGAAAAAACAGUUAAAAACAAUUCCCUCUUUUCAUCACUACUUUUACAUUUACUUGUUUCCCGGACCUCCUCAUACCUCCCUCUUUUGUAUUCCAAUUCAGUUUGUUAGUCCAGCAAUUCCUUUCCCUCCUUUUUAAUCCCAAUCCUUAAUCUUAAUAUAGUAUAACAUUAAAUUUUUACCUAUUAAAAACCAAUUUUUCCAUUCUUUUAACCUUUUUAAUCCUAAUCCUUAAUCUUGAUAUAUUUAUAACUUUAAAGCCUGUACAGCUAGAAGCCACUUAAUUUCAAUCCAACAUCACUCUAACAUUCAUUAAUUUUGCAAUAUUUCUGUAAAUAAUCUUUGAAUUUCUUCCAGUCUUCUUCCACCGACUCUUCUCCCUGGUCACGGAUUCUGCCAGUCAUUUCCGCCAAUUCCAUGUAGUCCAUCAUUUUCAUCUGCCAUUCCUCCAGUGUGGGUAGAUCUUGUGUCUUCCAAUACUUUGCGAUAAGUAUUCUUGCUGCUGUUGUAGCAUACAUGAAGAAAGUUCUAUCCUUUUUUAACACCGGUUGGCCGACUAUGCCCAAGAGAAAGGACUCUGGUUUCUUCAAGAAGGUAUAUUUAAAUACCUUUUUUAAUUCAUUAUAUAUCAUCUCCCAGAAAGCCUUAAUCUUUGGGCAUGUCCACCAUAGGUGAAAAAAUGUACCUUCAGUUUCUUUACAUUUCCAACAUUUAUUAUCAGGCAAAUGGUAGAUUUUUGCGAGCUUAACUGGGGUUAUGUACCACCUGUAUAUCAUUUUCAUAAUAUUCUCUCUUAGGGCAUUACAUGCCGUAAACUUCAUACCUGUGGUCCAUAACUGUUCCCAGUCAGCGAACAUGAUGUUAUGUCCAACAUCUUGUGCCCAUUUAAUCAUAGCAGAUUUCACCGUUUCAUCCUGAGUGUUCCAUUUCAGCAGCAAGUUAUACAUUCUUGACAAAUUCUUAGUUUUGGGUUCUAACAGUUCUGUUUCUAAUUUUGAUUUUUCCACCUGGAAGCCAAUUUUCUUAUCCAAAUUGUAUGCCUCCAUUAUCUGAUAAUAAUGAAGCCAGUCUCGCACUUUGUUUUUAGUUUUUCAAAACUCUGCAAUUUCAAUCUGUCUCCAUCUUGUUCCAGAAUUUCCCAAUAUUUUGGCCAUUUGACCUCCAUAUUGAGCUUUUUCAAGGCUUUUGCUUCCAUUGGUGACAGCCACCUUGGAGUUUUGUUUUCCAAUAAAUCCUUGUAUCUUAUCCAAACAUUAAACAGUGCUUUCCUGACAAUAUGGUUUUUAAAUGCUUUAUGUGCUUUGACCUUGUCAUACCACAGAUAUGCAUGCCACCCAAAUACGUUGUUAAAACCUUCUAAAUCCAAAAUGUCAGUGUUUUCAAGAAGCAGCCAUUCUUUCAACCAGCAGAAAGCUGCUGAUUCAUAGUAAAGUUUAAGGUCUGGCAGGGCAAAUCCACCUCUAUCCUUUGCAUCUGUUAGUAUUUUAAAUUUUAUUCUGGGCUUCUUGCCCUGCCAGACAAAUCUAGAAAUAUCUCUCUGCCACCUCUUGAAACAGUCCAUUUUGUCCACAGUUUGCAAUGUUUGAAACAAAAACAACAUUCUAGGCAAUACAUUCAUUUUUACAGCAGCAAUACGACCCAGCAGUGAAAGCUUCAAAUUUGACCAGAUUUCUAAGUCUUUUUUCACUUCAGCCCAACAUCUUUCAUAGUUGUCUUUAAACAAGUUCCCAUUUUUUGCUGUCAAGUUAAUACCCAAAUAUUUAACUUUCUUAACCACUGUUAGACCUGUCUCAUUCUGAAACCUCUCUCUCUCUCUAUUGGUGUUAGAUUUUUCUCUAAAACCUUAGUUUUUACCUUAUUCAAUUUAAAUCCUGCAACUUGACCAAAUUCUUGAAUCAAUUCUAAAACCCUUUUGGUACUAGAUUCUGGCUCCUGUAACGUCAAUACUAAGUCAUCUGCAAAUGCUCUCAAUACCAUCAGAGCACUCCUGACAUAUGGUUGUCAAGCCUCUGCUUAAAGACCUCCAAAGAAGGAGACUCUACCACACUCCUUGGCAGCAAAUUCCACUGUUGAACAGCUCUUACUGUCAGGAAGUUCUUCCUAAUGUUUAGGUGGAAUCUUCUUUCUUGUAGUUUGGAUCCAUUGCUCCGUGUCUGCUUCUCUGGAGCAGCAGAAAACAACCUUUCUCCCUCCUCUAUAUGACAUCCUUUUAUAUAUUUGAACAUGGCUAUCAUAUCACCCCUUAACCUCCUCUUCUCCAGGCUAAACAUGCCCAGCUCCCUUAGCCAUUCUUCAUAAGGCAUCGUUUCCAGACCUUUGACCAUUUUGGUUGCCCUCCUCUGGACACGUUCCAGUUUGUCAGUGUCCUUCUUGAACUGUGGUGCCCAGAACUGGACACAGUACUCCAGGUGAGGUCUGACCAGAGCAGAAUACAGUGGCACUAUUACUUCCCUUGAUCUAGAUGCUAUACUCCUAUUGAUGCAGCCCAGAAUUGCACUGGCUUUUUAGCUGCCGCGUCACACUGUUGGCUCAUGUCAAGUUUGUGGUCAACCAAGACUCCUAGAUCCUUUUCACAUGUACUGCUCUCAAGCCAGGUGUCCCCCAUCUUGUAUUUGUGCCUCUCAUUUUUUUUGCUCAAGUGCAGUACUUUACAUUUCUCCCUGUUAAAGUUCAUCUUGUUUGUUUUGGCCCAGUUCUCUAAUCUGUCAAGGUCGUUUUGAAGUGUGAUCCUGUCCUCUGGGGUGUUAGCCACCCCUCCCAGUUUGGUGUCAUCUGCACAUUUGAUCAGGAUGCCCUUGAGUCCAUCAUCCAAGUCGUUGAUAAAGAUGUUGAAUAAGACCGGGCCCAAGACAGAACCCUGUGGCACCCCACUAGUCACUCGUCUCCAGGAUGAAGAGGAACCAUUGAUGAGCACCCUUUGGGUUCGGUCAGUCAGCCAGUUACAAAUCCAAUUGCGUUGACUGGGUUUGAUUCAUUGACAAUAGUUUCUGAUUGAAUCCCACAAGCCUCUCCACCUCUGUCAUUUGCCUUCUCUACACCCGACAGGCACGUAUAAGCAUUCCAAAUACACAGACCAGUUGCCGUUGCUUCAUCAGGCAUCCUGGGUCAUAAAGAUGAUAGUUAGCUUUGAUGUAGCUAUUGUUAGUUUUGUUAAUCUAAGGGCCGGGAAGAGAGUUCACAAGGAGAUGGUAAAUCCUGCCUCUCCUGUUUAUGAUCUCCAGGGUUUCCUAAAAGCAUUCCUCCUUGCUUCCUCAUUUAUUUUCUCUAGACUACUGUGCAUGCUCAAAUUAGGUAAUGCAAAUAAAUACAAUAUCUUAAUCUCACACAUUUUUACAGCAAAAUUAAUGUAAAAAACCACAAACAACUGUACAUACCAUAUGUAAUAUUACAGGAUAGUGGAUCUUAUAGCAUAGUAGUGGUUGCAGUCAGCAGCGACUGUGACAAAGCAGGAUUAGAUGGACAAGCACAAUAUUGGUUUGAGUAACAGGUGUGGCAAUCUACAGAUACAAAAUUUCUUUCCCAAAGUGACCCAUAUGGCACAACAGAAAUAAAGCAAUCCACGCUCUGGUAUGGUAUCUGGUAUGCUCUGGUAUCUCCAUCGAAUGAGGUCUCAGGCAGAGACCCCUUGCCAGAGACCCUGGACAGCCCCUCUAAGUUGCUGGAGUGUUUCUGGCCCUCCUGAAUCGAGUCUUGCUUUCGACCAGGGUUUCUGAACUUGGAUCUCCAGCUGUUUUUGGACUACAACUCCCAUCAGCAGGAUCAGUGGUCAGGGAUGAUGGGAACUGUAGUCCAAAAACAGCUGGAGACCGAAGUUUUGGAGCUCUGCUUUAGAUCGUCUCCACCCCCAUCGUUCAGCCUGGACACUGAGGUCCAGCGCGAGGGCCUUCUGGCGGUUCCAUCACUGUGAGAAGUUAGGCAGAGGGCCUUCUCAGUAGUGGCGCCCGCCUUGUGGAACACCCUCCCUUCAGAUGUGAAGGAAAUAAGGAGCUAUCUCAUCUUUAAAAGACAUCUGAAGGCAGCCCUGUUCAGGGAAGUUUUUAAUAUUUAACGCUGUAUAGUGUUUUUAACGCUUGAUUGGGAGCCACCCAGAGUGGCUGGGGAUGCAGCCAGAUGGGUGGGGUAUAAAUAAUAAAUUGUUGUUGUUGUUAUCUUGUAGCAAACCAUAGUUCAGCUUUGUAAACCGUGGCUUGGCCUUGCCUCUCAUUGGUUUGGGAUUUCAAAACACAGCAACAAUCAGGUCUCCUUAUCUCCUCUGUUUGCGAAUGAUAGGCUUUCAAAGUGGCCGAAAUGGAACUGGGCAUCCCCGCCUUGUUGGACGCUGAGGACAUGGUCGCUCUCAAAGUGCCCGACAGACUGAGCAUCCUCACCUACGUCUCCCAAUAUUAUAACUAUUUCCAUGGACGGUCGCCAAGUAAGUAAUUUUUCCCUAACCCCUUCCUUUUCUCCUGCAGAGCUUUUGUCUGAAAAUAGAUCCGCAGCUGGCAUGAACGCUUCAAAAAAAUAAAAUAAAAUAGGUUCUAGCAACUAGAUGGAAGCGACAGCUUUCAAUCGCUGUGUUAGUCAUGGUUGGGUAUUAGGAAACCCCUGUUUCCCCUCACAGAACUACAUUUUCCAGAGUGGUUUAACCAUUGACCCCUCUUCCCAGUGAACUCUGGGAACUGUAGCUCCAUGAGGGGAAACAGGGGGUCUCAUUACAACGCUUGGCACCCUCAACAAACUACAACUCCCAGGGUUCUUUGGGGGAAGCCAUGAUGGUUUAAAGUGGUACCCAUUGUGCUUUAAAAGUAUGGUGGGGGGAAUGUCAUAUCCAUUGCGUCCGAGCUACUUAUUCCCCUGACAGCCCAGUGAGAUCCAUUAAGCCAGUCUUCCCCAAACUGGGGUUGAUGGGAGUUGCUCUCCAAAACAUUUGGAGGUCUACCAGGAUGACAAAGGACGUUGUGUUACACUGAAAGACUGCAGUCCUCCGCUUAUUAGAUCCAAUUAGUUUUCGGCUGACGUUUUCUCAGUUUAGGGCAUUGAUCUAUAAUAAUAAUAAUAAUAAUAAUAAUAAUAAUAAUAAUUAUACCCCGCCCUCCCUGGCAAGAGCCAGGCUCAGGGUGGCUAACAACAGUAAAAUUACAGUAAAAACAUAAUAAAAUACAGGAUAAAAUGCAAUUUAAAUUGCAGCCUCAUCAGAACCAUAAGGGGAGGGAAAUAUAAGGGUCAGACUAACCACCUUAGGUCAGUCCUGCUUCCUGCUUCCUUCCUGAGACUUUUUUUGUCUUCCUUUCCCAACAGUUGGAGGAAUGUCUGGCAUAAAACGCUCUUCUACCGCACCCAGCGAGGAGCCGAUGGGGAAGAAGGUUGUUUCUGAACCGGUGGCCCCCAGCAAGCCCCCGCGAGUCCUGCCACCAUCCGAACCCAAGACCGUUUCAGCCUCUCGCAAUCUGGCAAAGGAGAACUCACCGGUGGCAGCGGUAUGGAUCCGCCAUCUUUUGCCCUAGAAGCUAAACAGAGGGGCAGGGAGCCUGUCGACAACAAUUGGAUGUGAUGUGGGUGGCGCUGUGGGUUAAACCACGGAGCAUAGGACUUGCCGAUCAGAAGGUUGGCAGUUCGAAUCCCCGCGACGGGGUGAGCUCCCGUUUCUCGGUCCCAGCUCCUGCCAACCUAGCAGUUCAAAAGCACGCCAGUGCAAGUAGAUAAAUAGGUACCGCUCCGGCGGGAAGGUAAACAGCGUUUCCGUGUGCUGCUCUGGUUUGCCAGAAGUGGCUUAGUCAUUCUGGCCACAUGACCCGGAAGCUCCCUCGGCCAAUAAAGCGAGAUAAGUGCUGCAACCCCAGAGUCGGCCACGACUGGACCUAAUGGUCAGGGGUCCCUUUACCUAGCCAAGAAUGGAACUUCCACAUCUAGGGGCAAUGUAUCUCUGGAAAGCAGUGGCUUGUCCGCUUCCUGGAGGCACCUGAUUGGCUGCGGCACAAAACGGGAGGCGGGAUUAAAUGGACCCUUUGAGUCGGGUCUCAGGUUCACUUCUCUCUUGCCUUUUUCUCCCCCAGAGACGUGUCUUAGCAGAGAGAAGCAACAUGCGGAGCAGCAACUGCGCCACCUGUGGAAACCACGUCCACCUGGUACAGCGCCUCCUGGUGGAAGGGAAGCUUUAUCACAGGAACUGCUUCAGGUACUGUUCAGGUGUGGCAUUCGCACCUUGUUUCCACCUUUUCUCUGUUUGGAUUGUUGCUGCUGCUGUUGUUGCUGCUGCUGUGUUUGUUUGUUUGUUUGUUUCACAAUAAUAUUUAAUAUUUUUCAUACAAAAAUAUAACAAAAGAGAGAGUAAACAAUAAUAAAAGAAAAAAAAGAAAAAAAGAAAAGAGAAUAUGAAACAUAAAAUACAUCAAAUCACCACAUAAACUAAAACUUAAUUAAUUAAUUAAAACCCAUCUUCAUAAACUUAUUACUUGACUGCCUCUAAUCUCUUCCAUCUGAAUUUCUUAGUAAUUAUAUAUAGUAGUUUCCAAUAUCAUUAUUUCAUAAAACCAUAUCACAGUCAUAAUCAUAUUUCCAAACUUUUCUUAUCGUACAUUUUCUUAUUUAUUUAUUUAAUCCUAAUUUAGUCCUAGGCCUAUUUAAUUCUUUCAAGUGGUUACAUAUCUUUAAUAUUACAAUAUUUAUUCAAAUAGUCUUUAAAUUUCUUCCAGUCUUUUUGGUGUUCCUCUUCUUUCUGGUCGCGGGCUGCUGCUGUGUUUGGGUUGUUUUUUUAAACAAAAUUUUAUUAAGUUUUCCAAUUUUUUAAAAAAAUAUUCUUAAUCGAAUAUAAUUAACAAAAGAAAAAACAGAUACAAGAUUCCCUUGCACCCUUAGACCUCCCUGCAUCCUUCCAUGGCUUCCCCAUAUAACAUUUCCUGGUGCAUAUUUUAUGCCUUCCAUUUAUUCCAUUUAACAUUUAUAUCUUAAGUCUCUGUUAACCCACAACUGUUAUUUAAGCCCUGUUAAAGAGCUCAACUGUUUACAGUGGUCUUCCAAAUACAAAAAAAAAAAUUCUUCCAGUCUUUAUUAUAACCUUGGUCUUCCUGAAUUCUGAUAUUUCCAGUCAUUUUCGCCAUCUCAACAUAGUCCAUUAGUUUAACUUGCCAUUAGAAGACAUCUGAAGGCAGCCCUGUUUAGGGAAGCUUUUAAUGUUUGAUGCAUUACUGUAUUUUAAUAUUUUUGAAUGCUGCUCAGAGUGGCUGGGGAAGCCCAGCCAGAUGGGCGGGGUAUAAAUUAUUAUUAUUAUUAUUAUUAUUAUUAUUAUUAUUAUUAUUCCCCUCUGGUUGGGACCUUUUCAUCUUUCCAUCUCUGGGUUAUGAGCAUUCUGGCAGCUCUCGUUGCAGACGUAAACAGUCCUUUCAGCUCCUUCCAUAUUUCUGCACCUAUAAUAAGAAAGCUUCUGAUUUUUAAACAAACGUUCUUUUAAACACUUUUUUCAUUUCAUUAUACAUUGUCUCCCAGAAUGUGUUUGGAUUGUUGCUGUUAGCAUUAGAAUUAGCAUUGGCAUUUAUAUCCUGCUUUUUUAUCCAAGCUUCUUAAGGGGGCGUACAAGAUAGACCCCCAUCUCCUUUGUGUUGUUGUUUUUUUUAAUUAAUAUUUAUUAAAGUUUCAGAAAGAAUAAAAUCACAUUAAUAAACAAGAAGAUUUUAACAAAAACAGAGAACAAUACACCAUACAAAAUACAAAAUACAAAAUGGAAAAAAAAGAAAAAAGAAAAAAGAAAAAAACAGUUAAAAAUAGUUCCGUCCUUUCAUAACCUCUUUUAGGUUUACUUGUUUCCCGGACUUCCUCAUACCUCCCUCUUUUGUAUUCCAAUUCAAUUUAUAAACCCAGCAAUUUCUUUCCCUCCUUUUUAAUUCCAGUCCUAAAUCUUAAUAUAUUAUGACAUUAAAUUUUUACCUAUUUGAACCAAUUUUUCCAUUUCUCUUAGUCUUUUUGGUCCUAAUCCUUAAUCUUGAUACAUUUAUAGCUUUACAACCUGUUCAGCUAGAAGCCACUUAACUUCAAUCCAACAUCACUCUAACAUUCAUUGAUUUUGCAAUGUUUCUGUAAAUAAACUUUAAAUUUCUUCCAAUCUUCUUCCACCGACUCUUCUCCCUGGUCACGGAUUCUGCCAGUCAUUUCCGCCAAUUCCAUAUAGUCCAUCAUUUUCAUCUGCCAUUCCUCCAGUGUGGGUAGCUCUUGUGUCUCCUUUGACCCCCACAACAACCCGAUGAGAGAGGUUAGACUGAGGGGCAGCGACUGGCCUCCAGGGUCACCCUGAGAUCUUCAUUCGCGGCCAAGUGGGGAUUUGAAAGCUGUGGCACUGGACACAGAAGAAAUCUUGUAUUGGUUAAAAUAGUUGACCAUUGGGACUCAGAAGGGACUAGAGACUUGUCUCGUUCAUUUUGAGAAACAAACGUGGAAUCUUGUUAUCAUUUUCCACUUCACAAAAUGCAUAAUCUCAAGGGCUGCUACUUUCUGCGUAAGGCGCUCACCCUCUGUCUGCCAUUUUUCUAUUCUUUCUUUCUUUCUUUUUGAGAAUAAUACUUUCUUUAGAAUUCAACAAUAACAAAGGAAAAACCCACAGUAGUUGCUACAUCAAUUCAUUACAAUGAACCAAUUUUAACAAUAUAUAAAUAAUAAUAGAAAAAUUACACAACAUCACUUUUAACUUGCUGAGGUUUUCAUAUUACACUUUUAUCUCUUUAUCUCUUUCUUAACAUAUCAAAAAGAGCAAGACCAAGAAAAGAGACGCAAAAAAGAAAAUAGAAGAGGAAGAAGAAGGGGAAGGGGAGUGAGGGGAAGGGGAAAAAGGAAAAACAAAGCAAAACAAAACAAACACAUUUGGCUUCCGAUUAGACUCAUUGUAUUAUUAUUUCUACAAUUUUUUUCACAUACAGUUCCAAAUUAUUGUAUUUCUUUCUUUGUUUUCGUCAGAUAUCAAAAAACAUAUUUGUUGUUUUUUUAAAAGUUUUUUAUUAGGAUUUUCAACAUAGCAGUUUAUCAAAAAUACAUCAUCCUCAUUUCCCCCCCAUUUUCCCCUCCCCCUCCCCCCAAAAAGAAAAAAAACCCCUCCCACCCCCACAGACUUCCCUCAGCUCCUCCCUCUGGUUUCUCAGCACAUAUUCUUCUCUGCAUAUUAUAAAAUUGUAAAGAUCCUUAAUGAAUCUAUCAAUAUGUUACCAGUAAAAAAAUUGUGUAUGUUUAUUCCAAACCUGCCAAGGAGUCCAGUUCAUUUUGUUGUUUCUUUAAGUACAGUGGUACCUCGGGUUAAGUACUUAAUUCGUUCUGGAGGUCCGUUCUUAACCUGAAACUGUUCUUAACCUGAAGCACCACUUUAGCUAAUGGGACCUCCUGCUGCCGCCGCACUACCACCACGCGAUUUCUGUUCUCAUCCUGAAGCAAAGUUCUUAACCUGAAGCACUAUUUCUGGGUUAGCGGAAUGUGUAACCUGAAGCGUAUGUAACCUGAAGCGUCUGUAACCCGAGGUAACACUGUACUUUGUAAAAGGUUCCCAUUCUUCUUUAUUUGUUGUUUUACAAGAUCAUUCUAUUUCUGCCAGGAGAUAUUUGUUAUUGUAUUGCUGCCAUUUUUCUCCCCAGGUGCAAAGAGUGCUCUAGCACCCUGCAGUCGGGAAACUACAAAGCUGGGAGCCACGCCGGCACUUUUGUCUGUACCCGGCACGAGCAACCGACGCCCCUCCGGGAUUCCUUGUCCUCCGGCACGAGGGCUUUCCCCAGCGAGGAUAAACCUCCCGCUCCUGCCUCCGCUGCACAGAACUACUUGAAGGGACUCGAAUCCAAGACGCCGUCCGUGAAAAUGAGCGGUGCCGUUAAAUCAGCAGCUUCUGAGCCACCUGGGAAUUACAAAGGCAGCUCUGCGUCCUCAAGCUCAAGUUCGCAUUGGUCAGACCUUACCGGGAACAAACCGGAUUCUCUAACCGUCUCCAGCACUUCUCCUUCCCCACCGCGCUGGACACCAUCGUCCGCCAAAACACAGCAGGCUCGGGAGAAAUUUUUCCAGGCCGGAUCCGGGGGCUCGGGACUUCCUCCGAGCAAAACAGAGCCGGUUAAAAACCAAGGUUCUCUUCUGAACCCUCCUCGGGUCUCCGGGAGAGCAUCCUUUUCUGGCACCCACACAUCAGGGACCGGUCCGGAUGUUGGUGAGAAGGACAGAGCACGGAACGUCCUGAUGCAGGCUUUGCCGGGGCUCCAGCCUUCCUCCAACAGGACUAGUGGCUUUGGCAGCGAUUCGCCCAGCUCAACGGCAUCCAGCAUGUAAGUGUCCCUCCUUCGGCGCCCCUGAGCAGGCAGCAGGUUCCCAUCUCUGUGCUAGAAAAGUCACAACCACCCGUAAAUUCUGCAGUCCUUUUGUGCUUGGAGGUAUACUGCUCCUGGGAUGGAGGUUCUAGUUGCCUACACUGGAUAAUGGGAGGCUCGACCAGCCAAUUCUCUUGCAAGCCCCAACCCCUUCUGUUUUUAACAUGCAACUAGAAAAACGUGCUGUGGGUUAAAACACUGAGCCUAGGACUUGCCAAUCAGAAGGUUGGUGCUUCAAAUCCCCACGACGGGGUGAGCUCAUGUUGCUCGGUCCCUGCUCCUGCCAACCUGUGAUUUUGGAUCCUGUACACUAGCGAGGCAAAUGCGUGCAUGUUUUACUGCGGUUGUAGAAAUUUUAAUUUGAACAAAUUUCCAGUCUUCUCUACUUCCCUCAUGUUAGGUAAGGUAAGGGGACCCCUAACCAUUAGGUCCAGUCGCGGACGACUCUGGGGUUGCUCAGCUUGCUUUAUUGGCCGAGGGAGCCGGUGUACAACUUCCGGGUCAUGUGGCCAGCAUGACUAAGCCGCUUCUGGUGAACCAGAGCAGCGCACGGAAACGCCAUUUACCUUCCUGCCAGAGUGGUACCUAUUUAUCUACUUGCACUUUGACGUGCUUUCGAACUGCUAGGUUGGCAGGAGCAGGGACCGAGCAACGGGAGCUCACCCCGUCGUGGGGAUUUGAAGCACCAACCUUCUGAUUGGCAAGUCCUAGGCUCUGUGGUUUAACCCACAGCGCCACCCGCAUCCGUUCCCUCAUGUUAAAAAAGAACUAAAUAAAUCACAGGUUAGGUUUGGAAAUUUGGGAGGGAAGUUUCAGCUUUGCAAUGUACACACUGGAAAUUUUAAGAAUGCAAGUUGUUUUCUCUUUUGCCAAUUAUUUUUAUUGAUUUUCCAUAAUCUUUAACAAAUGGUCACCAAAUUAAUACAAAUUCAAUUCAAAUUUAAAAGCUGACUUCCCACCCACCCCCUCUAUUUUCCUCCCUCCACAGCUCCCAAUAAAACAACUUUUCCAACUAUCAUUUCAAAAUACAUCCAUCCCCUUCUCCCUACACAUCACCUCCCUACACAUCACCAAUUUCUGCUAUGGCUUUUAUACAUUGUUAUAACCUGUCCUCAAAAUAGUUGAGUGGAGUAAAUCCUCUUCUAUCUAUCUAUAGUAGCCGUUCAUCAAUUUUCAAACAUUUCCUUCUGAUACCUCUUGAGUACCACUUUGCCUAAGAAAAACAGAUCUUGCUUCCUCCCAGACAAGUUCUUACCCAAUGGGACUUAGUGGGCAGCUAGACUGGUGACUGGGAGUGGCCACCGAGACCACAUAACACCAGUCCUGAAAGACCUACAAUGGCUCCUAGUACGUUUCUGAGCACAAUUCAAAGUGUUGCUGCUGACCUUUAAAGCCCUAAAUGGCUUUGGCCCAGUAUACCUGAAGGAGUGUCUCCACUCCCAUUGUUCAGCCAGGACACUGAUGUCCAGCUCUGAGAGCCUUCUGGCGGUUCCCUCCCUGCGAGAAGUCAAGUUACAAGGAACCAGGCAGGGGGCCUUCUCGGUAGUGGCCCCUGCCCUGUGGAACGCUCUCCCAUCAGAUGUCAGGGAUAUAAACAACUAUCUAACGCUUACGAUACAAUACGAUCAUCUUUAUUGUCGUUGUCCCAUAUAGAACAAUGAAAUUGAAAAAAUCUACAUUAGACAUUCAAAAACCAACAAGCCUGCUAUCCCAGCCUGGUUAACCCCCCUAAAAACUCUGAUACCCCAUAAUUAAAUACAAUAUACUCACACAGAGACUACCUUACACUGUGUUUAAAACCAAAAUCGCAUUUGGAUAAAAACUGUUUAGAAGACAUCUGAAAGCAGCCCUGUUUAGGGAAGUUUUUAAUGACUGGUGUUUUAAUGUAUUUUUAAUCUUUUGCUGGAAGCCGCCCAGAGUGGUUGGGGAAACCCAGCCAAAUGGGCGGGGUAUAAGUAAUAAAUUAUUAUUAUUAUUAUUAUUAUUAUUAUUAUUAUUAGCCCUGGGAGGGGUUGGUGGUCAGCUGGAUGUUGUCCGUUGUCCAUCCCACUGGCCAAAGGGCUAAUCUCCUCCUCUUGCCCAUAGCAGCAAGCCAUCUCCAGCCACCUCUGGCACACAGCAUAUCGAGACGAAAAGCAUCUCAGACUGGAAGCCUUCCAGGCCUGUCAGCAUGCCAGCUGCCACGGAAGAUCCACGGAAAGGACCCCGGGCGCUUUCACCCGCCCUUGAACGUUCGCCCAAGGAUCUGGGUGGCAAAGCGGGCGUUGGGGUGGCCCCCCAGAGCAGGCUCAAAGAUCAGCCCCCCAGCAGACCUGCUGCUGAUUCUAGGCAUAAACUGGACGUUAAGGUCUCCAAAGGUAAAAAGUGGCCCUUGCUUUAUUUACUCAUUGCAUCGCCUUUUUGUUCCUUUAUUUAUUCAUUUCAUGAAAUUCAUACAUCGCUUGAUUGUAAACCAACUAACCAACCUCAAAGCAGUUCAGGAAAAAAGAUAAAGCAAUGAAGCUGAGAAACAUUUACAACAAUACUUUAAAACGUACAAAACGUCAACAAACUAAAAGAUUAUUGAAAUUCUCACCAGCCUUUCUAAGCAUCCUGGUAAGCUUGCUUAAAUAAGAAUGCUUUUAGCAGGUGCUUAAAAGAAUACAGUGAAGGCACCUGCUUGAGGUCAACAGGCAGGGAGUUCCACAGUGUAGAUGCUGCCACACUAAAUGAGACUUCUUACCAAUGCGGAACAGGUUGAAUAAUUGAAUCACUGAAUUGUAGAAUUGGAAGGGACCACAUGGGUCAUCUAGUCCAGCCCCCUGCAAUGCAGGACUGUUUUGCCCAACAUGGGUCUUGAACUCAUAACCCUGAGAUUAAGAGUACAGUGGUACUUUGGUUCUCAGACUUAAUCCGUUCUGGAAGUCCGUUCCAAAACCAAGGCACGCUUUCCCAUAGUAAGUAAUGCAAAAUGGAUUAAUCCGUUCCAGACUUUUAAAAACAACCCCUAAAACAGCAAUUUAACAUGAAUUUUACUAUCCAACAAGACCAUUGAUCCAUAAAAUGAAAGCAAUAAACAAUGUACUGCAGUCACACAAUCAAUCAGUAGCUGAACUGGGUUCCACACACUCACAAAAUUAAUUACACGCACUAUAUUCUGUUAGUUUUCUGGGUGGCAAUUUAUGUUUUGUUGAAGCUCAAAUAUAGCACGGAACUGAACAGGUUUGUGUGAACGCUGCCCUUAACUUGCAUACUCUGCUUUGCCUAGUUACAGGUCGGUAGCUGUGCUGGUCUGCCAUAGUUGAAACAAAAUAAAAAGAUUCCUUCCAGUAGCACCUUAGAGACCAACUAAGUUUGUUAAGUUUGUUAUUGGGAUGAGCUUUCGUGUGCACUUAGAAGUGUAUCUGAAGAAGUGUGCAUGCACACGAAAGCUCAUACCAAUAACAAACUUAGUUGGUCUCCUAAGGUGCUACCGGAAGGAAUCUUUUUAUUCUAUUCUGCCUGUGCUGAUUCGCAUGGAGGGUUCUGUGUAAAAGGUUUAUAGCUUAGGGUUACCAGACGUCCCCGGGGAUAGUUCCCGGAUUUGCAAAUCUGUCCCCGGACAAAUUCCAUCCCCAGAAUGUCCCCAGAUUUGCAAAUCUGUCCCCGGACAAAUUCCGUCCCCAGAAUGUCCCCGGAUUUGCAAAUCUGUCCCCAGACAAAUUCCGUCCCCAGAUUUGCAAAUGUGGCAGCGGCAGCCUCAGCAGCCUGGAGCCAGCCUGGUAGCGCAGUUGGCUCUGGCUGGCUUCAGGAGCUGCUCACUGCUCUGGCGCCCGCCAUUCUUCCUGUGCCACGGCAGCAAGCAGCUCCUGAAGCCAGCUAGAGCCAACUGCACUACCAGGCUGGCCCCUCCUGGGCAAAGGCUGCCCGUCCGUGACUCCCAAGCUUUCCCUGAUCUGUCAAAACAAAGGGGGAAGGGGGAAGGAGAUUGGGGAAGACUCGGGAGUCAUGGGCGGUGGCACGCCGUUGCCCAGUUUUUUAAAAAACCUGUGCAUUUAUGUUUCACAGGGUGCGAAAGAAGGGCUUUGCACCUUUAUACAAUAUGCACGUGUGCUUGGGCCCAGGGUCUUUUAUAAUAAAUAAUAAAUUUUUAUUUAUACCCCGCCCUUCCCGGUUAAAAACUGGGCUCAGGGCGGCUAACAACAAAUUUAAAACACUUUAAAACACUGAAUUAUAAAAGUAGCAUAAAAUACAGUAUAAAAACAUGAAUAACAAUAAAAUUCAAAAAUCAAUUAGAUAAUCCCCAGGGCUAGCUGGCUGAAUUGGUCCUACUUGGGCCAGUGAGGAGGUCAGGGGAGAAUUAGCUGUGGGGUCUCAGAGCGGGUAAUCUUCAUAAAAGGGGAGGGGGAAGGAAGAGAAGGGAAAUAAAAGAUCAGGCUGAAUUCAAAUUAAGGGCCAGGCGGAAUAGCUCUGUCUCACAUGCCCGACGGAAGGAGGUUAAAUCCUGAAGGGCCCUGGUUUCAUGGGACAGAGCAUUCCACCAGGUCGGAGCCAUCACUGAGAAGGCCCUGGCCCUGGUGGAGGAUAGUCUGACUUCCUUGUGCCCGGGACCUCUAAACUAUGGUUAUUCAUGGACCUCAAAGUCCUCUGCGGGGCAUACCAGGAGAGGCGGUCCCGUAGAUACGAGGGCCUCACCAUCCCCACUACUGACUCCCUGUUGCUGCUCAGAUUCAUUGAAAAAAAUCUGGUAACCAUAUUAUAGCUGCCUUCUUAUAGUCUCAUUCGUGGAUGAAUUCUUUCUCCAGUGGGAGCUGCAAGCGUUGCGGAAGAGAAAUCAGAAAUGCCAGCGGACUGGAGAUCUCUGCUGAAGCCGGUGGCAAACAGGUGAGUAGGGCAGGAGAAGAGGGGAUUUCGGUUGGGUGGAGAACAUAAGGUUGUGUUUGUGGACACACACAACAAAAGUGUGCCAUAGGCAAUAUAUGGCAAAACAAUUGGUCGAGCAACCAGGAUGGAAUAUUCCAGCAAUCAGGUUUGGAGCUUCAAUGUCCCGCGGAAUAAAUUGUGAAAAUUGAGGAAAUGUAUGCACGACUUAGUCUGCGUAAAUUGCAUUGGUAAAAUUCUGCUUUUAUUGGCAUGGAAAGUUGGUUGAAUGAAUGAAUUUUAUUAUUACGGUCACAGACCAGUUCUGGCUCACUUACACUAUCAGGAAAAUCAUGAAACACAACAGGAAUGCAUUGAAUUGCAAUUGCUAUAACAGAGACAAUACAGAUAUAGCGGCAGUUAAAAAUAUAUAUUAAAUCUUCAUCACUAAAAUAUAACCUAAAAUUGUCAUUUAAAACCUUAAUCAGCUUGUUCCCUAAGUUUUAUGGCAGUCGCACAGAAUUUGGCCACCCUUAACGUGAUCUCUAGAUCCUUGUCCAGGAGUUUUAGACAUUGAAAUUCGGAACCAUUUGGAGAUUUUUGUAUAACAGGAGUGAUAAAUACCAAGCGUAUAUCUCCUUAGAAAUGGCAGCGUAACAAGACAUGAGAGACAAUUUCUACCUCCAUCAAGCCGCAGGGGCAGACUGGUUCCACGUAUGGCUUACCCUCGAAUCUGCCCUGCAAUAAGGCAGAUGGCAGCACAUGGAAAGUUGGUUUGUAUUAGAACAGGGUUUGCAUUAUUUGUCUAGCGCAGGAUAUAAACAGCUCUGUUAAAAGCCCUUUUAGGGUUGUUGGGUUUAGAGGACUUUGGGCUCCUUCUCUCAAUGCUUGCUUCCCUCCUUUUGCAGAGUCCCUGGCGGUGACCCCAGAACCGCUCACAAGCCUGCAGAUGUUCACAAGGCAGCUGUUGACAUAACUCCGAGUCCAGGGCAGAAAGACAAAAAACCAGCUCAUUCAACAACCUCCCCGUCGAAUCAGGAAACUGGUAUGAUAGCAUUGUAAAGGCAAUAAGUGCAGCAGCAGGGCAGUUUGUAUAGAAUUCGGCAUAGAAACUGUGAUUUGAACCGCCUUAGCAAGUAUCCAGUCCUCAUUGAGGCUGUCGAAAAACCUAAAAAUGGGGGGUUUGUCCCUGUAGAAAGCCCAGAUCCCCCCCCCCAAAUGUGUCCCUGGGCACUUUGUGCUAAUGCAGAUUUAAGAACAUAAGGAGAACUUACUGGAUCAGGCCAAUGGCCCAUCUGGUCUGCCAUCUUGUUCUCACAGUGGCCAACCCAGUGUCUACAGAAAACCCUCAAGCAAGAUUCGAACACAAGAGCCCUUUCUCCUCCUGUGGUGUCCAGCAGCUGGUAUUCUCCUAGCCAGUAGCCACGGAUAACAAGCUCCUCCGUGCAUUUGCCUAAUCCUCUUUCAAAGCCAUCCCAGUUAGUGGCAGGGAGUUCCACAGUUUAACAAUACACUGCACGAAUAAGCAUUUUCUUUCAUCUGAAGCAAUUUCAUAGCUCACCAGUCAACCGCUAGACAGAACGCUACACUUAGAAAUAUUGGACCAGCCAACCAGCAGCAUCUAAGGAUGCUUAAAUUGAUCAGCUCCAUAUAUUAGACAUUCAGCUUCAUAAAAGAUGGAAGAACUGGUUUGCCGCAGUAGCCUUGAGUACUAUCAGUUUGUGCAUAGUGGAGAAUUUGUGUGGUCUGGGUCUCAGAGGUCCCUCUUGGCAGGAUUAAGCUGUGUUGUGCCUGUUUUUCUUCCUUCAUGUUCCCCCCCCCCGCCCCCCCGGUUUUGGGAUAGUUAUUUUUAAAGAAAAAACAACAACCCAUGUUAUGCUUGUCUAUUUGUUUUAAUUCUGUUGUGUUCUUAACUUUUGGAAGUCACCCUGAGAGAGCUUUUGAAGCGUGGCAUUUGAGUUCCUCAAAAUAUGUAACCCUUAGGUUGGACGGGCAAAUGGGCAAGUUUUUUUAGGAGGUGGGAUUUCCACACGGGAAGCAAGCUUGAAAAACUCAUUGAGCAAACGGUUUUUCAAGAUGUCUUCGGAGGAGCCCGUUUCCUGCAAGUCUACCGCUCCUGCGCAUGAGUGUACGGCAAAACCCCGAAAAUAUACCGUAUUUUUUUGUUCCAUAAGACACACAUUUUUCCUCCUAAAAAGUAAGGGGAAAUGUCUGUGUGUCUUAUGGAGCGAAUGCGUGUUCCCUGGAGCCGAAUUGCCCAGGGAUGAAAAGCAGAUUGUGCUUUUUUUUUUUUAAGAAAGAGGGAAGGAUUGUUGAAACAAAGCCGCUGAGCAGCUGAUCGGCAAGCGAUCGGGAGGGAGAUAAGGAACUCUAGCGAUAAAGGAGGCUGCCUGGGACGGGGGAGGUAAAAGCCCAUGGAUCCUCAGGAUUUUUGCAUUGGGUCACCCCAAAUUCACCAUCAGAUCACAUAGCAUGUCCAUGGCUACAACCUGCACCAAAAAAAAAUCACGCACCCACUGUUGCCUGGGGCCGCAAUGGUGCAAAAACAUGGUUACAAAGCACGGAUCCACAUGGAUUCUCAGGAUUUUUGCAUUGGGCUACCCCAAACUCACUGUCAAAUCACAUGUCUGUGGCCACAACAUGAACCACAAAAAUCAUACAUCCACUGUUUUGUUCAGAAUAUUUUUUUCUUGUUUUCUUCCUCUAAAAACUAGGUGCGUGUUAUGGUCAGGUGCAUCUUAUGGAGCAAAAAAUACGGUACUUCCGGGUUUGCCGCUCACGUAUCCCGAAGUUUACCGGAGGGAUACGUAAGCGGAGGUACGACUGUAUACAUUUUUUCAUUGCAGCUUCACCAGUUGAUCAGCUGCCAAAGAAAAAACUGCUGGUGCCUCCCGCGGAUAUUUCCAGUGGCUGGAGGUCCCCCAAGCAGCAGUGGGAGGAUAUUGCCACAACCAAAAAGGCCGAGGGGCUGAGCCCCUCCAGGAAGGCCAUUGCGCCCGGUAGGUUUCUGCCUCCUCACUGGACUGGCUUAUGUGUCAUGCUAAGCCACGGUUUAGCCUCGCCGUGGAGAACUUCUGACCUGCGGGCCAAAUGUUGUCUCCAGGACUCCUUUAUAUGGCCCUUGGUGUCAUGGAAUUCUACUCAAUAUUGAUCCAGAAUAGAUUUCAAUGUAUAGUUAGCAGAGAAACCACUUUAACACGUUGCAGGAUUCCCCAAAAAUAGAUCAGAGGCAAUUUAAAGAAGUUUUUAAUGUUUGAAGUUUUAUUCUGUUUUUAGUUUUCUGUUGGGAGCUGCCCAGAGUGGCUGGGGAAACCCAGCCAGAUGGGUGGGGUACAAAUAAUAAAAUUAUUAUUGUUAUUAAUAUUAAUACUUCAUCCAGAAGAGCUUUACUGCUACUAAAGGCAAAUGAGCAUAAUAGUCACAAAUCCAAUACAUUCAGGACUGGCAUUGUCCAUAAGAAAUCCAGACAUAACAUAAACUUACAAUAACUUAUAAUAAGUCUAAACCUUAACACUAUAUACAGAACACCACACCAGAAGGAAAAAAGCGAGAGAUCGAAAGUGAAACCGAGGCUCGUUCUGGCCUGAAUUUUAUAGUCAGCAUGACCUUGACAGAAAGAGAUAACCAGUUUAAGCCAGCUGUACUCAGCUUCUCUGAAGGAAUAACCCAAACAUCAGGAACCUUCUGCUUGCUUCUUUCACACAGAGCAGCUUCCAGAAGCCUUUUGAAUUAAGUAGAAUAGGAAAGACCUCUACACAUCAGAUCAAUACUUUCUGUACUAAGAAAUGCAAACUGACACUUGGGGCCAGUGGAGUCUUUCCCAGCCUUACCAAGAAACUCCAAAGAUUGGACCCUCUGCAUGCUAACUGAGAUACAGAGGUGCCUUGGUUCUCAAACGCCGAAAACCCGGAAGUUACGGUUUUCGAACAUUUUUCGGAAGCCAAACGUCUGAUGCGGCUGUCAGCUAUUGUUUCCGGGGCACCUGGACCAACCAGAAGCUGCACCUUGGUUUUCAAACAUUUCAGAAGUCAAAUGGACUUCCGGAACAGAUUAAGUUUGGUGCUUUUGUUUUUGCUAUUUAUUUUGCGUUUUUGAGGCUUUUUUGGUUCAUUUAUUUUUGUGACCGUGUGGAACCCAAUUCAGCUACUGAUGGAUUGAUUGUGUGACUGCGGAAAUGGAUAAAAGUCCACCAUCCAAACAAUGACUAUCAUCAGUGCAGGGAAGAAUUUUUAAAAAUUCAUAAUAAAAUUCAUAGUAAAUUGCUGUUUUAGGGGUUGUUUUUAAAAGUCUGGAACAGAUUCAUCCGUUUUGCAUUACCAAGCGCACCUUGGUUUUGGAACGCUUUGGUUUUGGAACGGACUUGCGGAACGGAUUAAGUUUGAGAACCAAGGCACCAUUUUACAGCCCUGCAGUUCUGCAUUUCCUUACCUGGGAGCAAGACCUAUCGAACAUGGUGGGGCUUGCUUCUGAGUAGACAUGAACUGGGUGGUGCUGCCCGUUCAUCUAAGAGGCUUUCCUUUUUCCUCUCUUCCCAGUGAGGCCGUCUCCUCCUAGAGUCCUCCAGAAGUCUCCGACCGGUCAAGCGGUGUCUCCCUCAAAGGUACAGCCAGGAGUGAAGAAAGGCAGUUUUGUGCAGGGAUGGGGAGGCCUCUAGCCCUCAUCCAGGAGCAGUGGGACUCCGAAUCCCAUCUGCACCUGCCGGCAUGGCCAGCGGUCAUGGGUGAUGGAGUCUACCAGCAGGUCUUCUGCAGGCAUCCCAUCUCUGAUGUUAGGGGUGAAGAGGCUCAGAUUUGCUCAAGGCCAUUGGUGUGGGCCAAUAUUCUGGUCCCCCCCCCAUAUAUAUAUACAUACCGUAUUUCUCGCCCUAUAGGACGCACUUUUUCCCCUCCAAAAAUGAAGGGGAAAUGUCUGUGCGUCCUAUGGGGCGAACACAGGCUUUCGCUAAAGCCUGGAGAGCGAGAGGGGUCAGUGCGCACCGACCCCUCUUGCUCUCCAGGCUUCAGGAAGCUUUCUGCAAGCCGUGGGAGCCCGGCGGGAAGUCGCGCCGGGCUCCCAAGGCUUGCGGACAGCAGCCUGCAGCCCGAAACCCGGGGAGCACAGCGGAGCACGCCCCAGGCUUCGGGCAGAUAUCUGCAAGCCUGGGGAGACCGGCAGGAGUUCCCACCGGUCUCCCCAGGCUUGCGGAUAGCAGCCUGUUCUGGGGGCUGGGGUCGGGGAAAGCUCAGGCUUCCCCAGCCCCGCGCCUGGGGGGAAAAUAAUUUUUUUUUCUUUAUUUCCCCCCCCCAAAACUAGGUGCACCCUAUGGGCCAGUGCGCCCUAUAGGGCGAAAAAUACGGUAAUUAGUUUUUUAACGUAUCAUUUUCAACAAUUAUUAAACAUACUUUUAUAUCUUAUAAAUUUUUUUUUACUUCCAUCAAUCACAUCUGAAAAUUUUCCAAUCUUUUCACUUAAUUUACAUUUCUUACUUUCACUAUUACAUUUAAAUAUCAUAACUAAUGUCUCUCUUUGCAAUAUUUCAUAUAUUUCUCCUUACAAAACUUCUUGUAGUCCUACUAGCGUAAUUCGUUGAUUGUAGUUGCUCUUCAAACAGUUCGUAUAUUUCUUCCAAUCUUUUGCAAAUCUCUGGUCCCGCAGGUUUCAAAUCCUUCCUGUCAUUUUAUCCAAUUCUGUGUAGUCCAUUAAUUUUGUCAGCCAUUCUUCUUUCGUCGGUACCGUUUCUCAGCCCGACGUGCCUCACAGGGACGUUGUGCGGAACAGAAGGUGGCAGACUCUCCUUUACUGGAGGUUUUCGAGCACAGGACAGGCGGCCAACUGCCAGGGAUUCUUGAGCUAUGAUUCUUGCAGUGGGGUUGGUCUAGAUUUCCCUUGGGGGUCCCUUACAGUUCUGCAAUUCUGUGAGGAUAACGUGGAGGAAGAGAACCGGAUGAUUCUGCUCCGAGGUCCCUCCUUAACGGUAAGGAUUAUAUUGUUGUAUGACGUGCAGGAUAAAGUUCGGCUGUUUUUUUUUCAUUUCAGCGCCACCCAGACUAUAUCCCUGAGGAGGAAAUCCAGAAGGAAGUCCGGCAGAUCGAAAAGGAUUUGGACAAGCUGGAGCUCAAAGGGGUAGAGAUGGAGAAGCAGCUGAGGAACUGCGAGGGAGGUGAGGCGGGCCCAGGUGUCUUUGGGGCGGAGAGGCGACUGCAGUCCCCCACUGUGGGAUUAGUUAUUCUUAGUAUGGGAUACAGUGGUACCUUGGUUCUCAAAUGCCUUGGUACUCAAACAACUCAGUUUUGAGUGUUACGCUUCUGAUUUGAGUGCCACACUUCCGUUUUGAGUGUCUGUCUGUUUUUGCUAUUUACAGUGGUACCUCGCAAGACGAAAAACUCGCAAGACGAAAAACUCGCAAGACGAAAGAGUUUUUCGUUUUUUGAGUUGCUUCGCAAGACGAAUUUCCCUAUGGGCUUGCUUCGCAAGACGAAAAACGAAAAAAGCGAAAACGUCUUGCAAGUUUGUUUCCUUUUUCUUAAAACCGUUAAUACCCAGGGUGACUUCAAGGAGCAACUCAUAGCACGCGGUGUGGUAGCCUUUUUUGAGGUUUUUGAAGACUUUGGUGAUUUUGAAGACUUUGGGAAACCGUGCUUCGCAAGACGAAAAAUUCGCAAGACGAAAAAACUCGCAGAACGAAUUUAUUUCGUCUUGCGAGGCACCACUGUAUUUGGGUUUUGUGGCUUUUUGUCUGUGUGUGUGACUGUGUGGAACCCAGUUCAGCUACUGAUUGAUUGAUUGUGUGACUGCUGUACAAAAGUUUAUUGCUUUCGUUGUAUGGAUCAAUGGUCUCGUUAGAUAGUAAAAUUCAUGUUAAAUUGCUGUUUUUGGGAUUGUUUUUAAAAGUCUGGAAUGGAUUAAUCUGUUUUGCAUUGCUCUCCAUGGGAAAGCGUGCCUUGGUUUGGGAACGCUUUGGUUUUGGAACGGACUUGCAGAACGGAUUAAGUUUGAGAACCAAGGCACCACUGUAUAUGAAAUGUUGAAGCUUUUCCUUCGGGAUGCUGCCCAUGGUUUGUUUGGCGGGGUCUGAGAUGUCCCCCAUUCAAGCCCCAAUUGGCUCUAAGAUUUCUAUAUUCCCGGAAGCCAGAGUUUAUCAAACCUCUGGCAGCCUCCGAAGCGAAGAGCUCAGAGGUUUCUUUGGUCUUGCGUCUGCAGAUGACAGCGAGGAUGCCUUGAUGGUAGAAUGGUUCAAGCUGAUCCAUGAGAAGCAGCUGCUGCUGCGGCGGGAGUCUGAGCUGAUGCACAAGUAAGUGAAACCGGAGAAUUGCAGAAUCGUAGAGGUCCUCAAGUAGGACCCUGGCAGAGACACAUGCCCAACUGGCAUGUUCCCUCCCUUCUGGUCGAUCGUUCAGGAGCUUCAUAAGCUUUCUUCUGCCCAAACAUCACAGCGGCCGAUGCCAACAGACACCGACACACUUAGGGACCGGCAGAGUUUGUGCAACUUGUGUGACAGACCUCAGCAACUCAGCAUUUUGGCUAAUCUACUUUAUUUACAUAUAAACACACACUGAGCACUGUAACAUGGCUCCCUCUCUCUCUAGCAUCAGACAGCAAAGAGAAAAUGAACAAAGGACAAUAGUCCCACUUCACGGAACACAGUAACACAAACAUCCUGUCUCCAUCACUUCCCACUCUGUGGAGUCAAAAUAUACACCGUCAUGUGAUAGACAACAAUCCCAUGACUGCAAUCAUGGAGCAGGAAUUCUAACAGGCUCAUCCAGUCCAGCCCCCUGCAAAGCAGGAUCACAGCUAAGGUCUGGAAAAGUUUGCCCAUUUCUCAGCAGGGGCGGGGUAUGUGUGUGUGAUGGGAAAGUGGCUGCAAAGAUGGUAUUCAGCCUGUCAGCUGAUAUCCUUCCCUCUGCUGGAUUUUUCAAAUCUGGCAGAUUAUUGAUGUGUUUAUAACCGUAUUCACAUACCGCUCUUCACUAAUAAAAAAUAAAAAAUGAAAACAAGAAGGAUCAGAGUGGCUUAGAACAAUUGCACAUUCAAAACCAUACAAUGGAAAGCACAAAAAGAAGUGUAAAGAGCUGUUGGAAUCGUCCCUCAAGUACAGCCGAGGGCAGUACAUUCAAUUUUGCGAUUGUAAAAGUGUGUCUAUAUUUUUGAAUUGCCAGGUUAUGCAGAUAGGGUGCCAGAGGGUCAAAAUGGGAAGGUGGAAAAUAGUCAUACCAUGGGCAAAAUUUCCUGAUCAUGGCCAGGUUGUUUUGAUGCUGAUAUCAUUUCUCGCUAACCUUCUUCCCCCUCCUUUCUUUGGAAACCGACAGGAUGAACCAACAGAAGCUGGAGGAAAAGCAGUGGGACAUUGAGAGCGAGCUAAGGAGCCUCAUGAGCAAAUCUGGUGGGUCCUCCGCCUUUCUCUAGAGACUCUUUUUUAAGAAAGUGUUUUCCCCUCCCCUUUCCCUUUGCUCUGAUCCAGUACAGGUGACUCAUGUCUUGUGUUGCUUUCACUUUGUGCAGGUGAAAAAUACAUACAUACAUACAUACAUACAUACAUACAUCUUCUUCUUCUUUGGCGAUCACUCGUGGCCAAGUAAGAUUGUCUUCCAUGAACACAAUCUUAACAAUGAGUCCGUAAGUGACUGUGGAGGCCAAUUCUGGAUCCACACGUCCUUCCACAGUGGAGACAUAGGUUUCCGUGCGGGAGUUGAUCACGGUGAGGGUUUGCCAAAUGUGCCUUCCUCUUAGCACAUUUCUCCCUUGCGUUCUGAGUUUGAGUGUCUUCAAAGUCCACAACACCUUUGGUAAAGGCUGUUCUCCAAUUGGAGCGCUCGGAGGCCAGUUUUUCCCAACUGUCAAUAUUCAUUCUACAUUUUUUUAGAUUUGCCUUGAGACAGUCUUUAAACCUCUUUUGUUGACCACCAGCAUUACGCUUUCCAUUUUUAAGUUCAGAAUAGAGUAGUUGCUUUGGAAGACGAUCAUCAGGCAUCCACACAACAUGACCAGUCCAACGAAGUUGAUGUUGAAGAAUGAUUGCUUCAACACUGGUGGCAUUAGUUCACCUGUCUUCCCAAGUGAUAUGUAAGAUUUCUCGGACACACCAUUGAUGGAAUCUUUUGAGGAGUUGGAGAUAGCGUUUAUAAGUGGUCCCUGUUUCUCAAGCAUAUAGUAAGGUUAGUAGUACAAUAGCUUUGUAAGCAAGCAUUUUGGUUUCCCUGCGAAUGUCCUGGUCCUCAAACAUGAAAGCUGCACUCACAGAACUCAGGCGAUACAUACAUACAUGGAGAGCAGGGAAACCAAACCCUCAUGGAAGCUACAAGUUGCCUGCACAUUUUGCCAGGAACACCAGCUCCACUGUCCCUCAGACCUUGUGCGGGGCUGGACUAUAUUUUUUGGGGGGAAAUGAAUGAAUUCCUAUCCCCCACAAAUAACCCAGAGAUGCAUUUUAAAUAAAAGGGCACAUUGUACUCAUGUAAAAACACGCUGAUUCCCGGAUUGUCCGUGGGCCGGAUUUAGAAGGCGAUUGGGCCGGAUCCGGCCCCCAGGCCUUAGUUUGCCUACCCAUGUUGUAAUGUCUUGGGACCUUGGGGUCAAGGACAGGUGAUAAAUUUAUUAUAAAAUUAUUAUUUAUUACAACUAAUUUAUUAACUUCCUUCUAAAGCAGCACCUCAAGGCGAUUUACACAUAAGGUAAAAAACAAUUAAAGUUCAAAACACGGCAGCAGCAAAUGCAUUUAAAAUAUGACUGGAACUCUUAACAAGCGGAUACUCAUGGUAGAGAUCUACUGGGUGAAUAAGGGGCAAGACCAUCUGCGGCUUCCUCUGUACUCCCAUGUCUUCCUCCAUUCCUUCCCGACUUCAUCUCAUUCUGUUCUUUCGCCACUCCUCCAAUGGAAGACACAUUUGUCCUUUCAGUUUUCUUUUCCGUUCUCCUGCCAUCACUGUCGCCACUCGAAUCCAGGACACGGGGACGGACUUUUGCAUGCCUUCCCUCUUGGCAAGCCCUGCCAGCCACCUCCCCCCAACCACUGCCACUGCCACUGCCCCACUUACAGCUGUGUGAAUGUUUCGUGAGCCAAUUAAUGGUAAUGGCAUGUCCCAUUUCCCUUCCCCCUGUUGCUCAGAGUUCUCGAAGACGCCCAGGGAGAAGGCCCGCGAGGAGGAGCUGCUGGCGUUGUACGUGGCCACGGUCAACGACCGGAAUAAAAUCGUGGAGGACCUGGAUGAAGACCGACUCAGGUGCGCAAAGGCCUUUCAGGCAGGGGGUGGGGGAGAAGGCUGUGGCUGUGCAUUGCCUUGACUCUGUUGCCUAUCCCUCACCAUCCUGGAGAAAAAGGACAAGUGAGGUACUGUAGGGUUAUGUCCUGGACCCGUUGUUGUUCAACUGUCAGACUUCAGGGAAUCGGCUUUCUCCCUGCCUGCUGCCCACCCAGCAGCAGAUAAGCAGAACAAAAGGAGUCUUCUAACCAGUUAGAACCUUUAAUGAUCAUAGCGAGAGAACAAAGGACCCAUCUCCUAGAAUGGCGGUGCUCCCAGUUAAGGAUUACACCCCCUUAAUCUACGUCACUCCUACAUCUUGUUUGUCCCCUCUGCUUUCUGUUCUGCCACUGUCUCAGCCCUUCUUGACCUUGGGGAGAGUGGAUGAAUGCUUUCCAGAGACAGUGAAUCUGUUAAGCCUCUCUCUUCCAGUGUCUCUUCUCCUAGCUGUUCCCCAUCCAGUAUUUCCCAGCUUCUGCCUUCUGUUUUUUUUAAAUGAUAUUUAUUAAGAAUUUUAAAGUUACAGAAAAAACAAAAAAGAAAAAGAAAAAACAGAAGAAAAACAAACCGCAAUCAAACAAUACAAAUUGAUAAAAAUCAAAAUAAAAAAAAUAAGAACAAAGCACGUAGCACAACACAAUCAAAAAACAAAAAUAAGCCACAAACAUUUAAAAAAACAAGUCCAAUAUUCUCAAAUCCUUGACUGUCAUUACCUUCUUUCUUUGACCUCCUCACUCCUCCCUUUUUUUGUAUCCUAGUUGUUAAUUGUCACAGCAAAUCCUUUCCAUUUUUCAUAAUAUUCUGUCAUUACAUUACCUUAAUCUAUUUUAACCUUAUCUUACUAUAAAAGACCCUAAAACUUAAAACUUAGAUCUUAUUUAUACCAAUUUCUCAUAACCAUAACAUAUUCUUACAUAAUUCUUUUAACAUUUUUGCUAAAGCCAGAUAAUUUUGUUCCAACAUUUUUCUAACAUUCAUCAAUUUUAUAAAGCAAUCCUAAUAAAUUUUUUCCCCCUUCCAAUCUUCAUCCAGCGUCUCUUCCUCCUGGUCCCGGGUUUUGUCAGUCCUUUCUAUCCUAUCAAUCUAGCGCAUUAACCUGGUAAUCUUAUGUCCGAGGCCCUUAAGUCUCUUCCAUGUCCCUUCCGCGGCUCUUCUUCAUAUUUAUACCUGUACUUUACUUUGUCUCCUGCUCCUUUCACUCGUGGGAACUCCCAACUUGACAGUGUUUUUGACCCUUCUCAACAAAUCAGUCCCUUUUCCAUAUUCCACACUAAACUCCAUGUGGUAUUUAAAAACAUGUUUCAAAGUCCCUCCAGAAUUAAGAGCCCCCACAACCCCAAACAUCUCACGGCCCAUUGCCAGACUUGAAAAGUCCAAACAUCCCUGCAUAGGGGGGUCUAUCCAACCCCCCAUUUCCAAACCAAACCAAACUUUAUCUUUCCAAAUCUGGCUUUUUCCAAGUUCAUUUGUCAGAUCCAAGAGCUCAUGUUCCUGCUGAGCCACAGCUCCCUCCAUCUCUGGCGCCCGAGGUUCAGCAACAUCCUCUUCCUUCAUCUGAUCUGUCAGAGCACACUCCUGAUUUGAUUCCUGGGUGGGCUCUAUAUAGUUUCCCACUACCUGUCCAAAAUUUCUGAUCGCAGCAGUCAUCAAGUCCGUCUUCUCAUGUAGCUGUUCCAGUAGGGCCCCAGCUUCUGCCUUCUGAACCACGUCCCUCUGCAAGCCACUGUUCCAAAUCUAUACUGCCCUCCUGCUCCUGGGAAGAUUCAGGAUCCUGAUCAGGGCAAUGGCCUUAAAAAAUUAGAGAACGGGAAUCACAGUGAUCGGCGCAGGGUCGUGCGUGUUCUGCAACCUAACCAUAUGCAAAGAGAGCAAGUAGAUGCAUGGUGUUGGGUUGAAAUCACGACAGACGAAUGGUUUGCAUAAUCUGUGCCAGCUGCAAAAACCGACUUUUAUUGGCACAGAAAAGUUGUUGACCUUAAGGACAGGUGAGGCAGUGGAAUAAUAAUAAUAAUAAUAAUAAUAAUAAUAAUAAUAAUAAUUUAUUUGUACCCCGCCCAUCUGGCUGGGUUUCCCCAGCCACUCUGGGCGGCUUCCACAGAGACCAAAAAUACACUAAAAUGUCACACAUUAAAAUCUUCCCUGAACAGGGCUGCCUUAAGAUGUCUUCUGAAUGUCAGGUGGUUGUUUAUCGCUUUGACAUCUGGUGGGAGGGCAUUCCACAGGGCGGGGGCCACUACCGAGAAGGCCCUCUGCCUGGUUCCCUGUAGCUUUGCUUCUCGCAGUGAGGGAACCACCAGAAGGCCCUUGGUACUGGACCUCAGCGUCUGGGCAGAACGAUGGGGGUGGAGGGUCUUUCAGGUAUACUGGGGGUGGAGGGUCCUUCAGGUCUACUGGGCCAAGGCCGUUUAGGGCUUUAAAGGUCAGCACCAACACUUUGAAUUGUGCUCGGAAACAUACUGGGAGCCAGUGUAGGUCUUUCAAGAUUGGUGUUAUGUGGUCUCGGCAGCCGCCCCCAGUCACCAGUCUAGCUGCCGCAUUCUGGAUUAGUUGUAGAAGAAGACCCCUGGAGGGGCACUGCCAGUCAGUGAAGACAGAACUGAGUUAGAUAUGGCCCCAAGACUCAGUGCAAGGAGUCUCGCAGCUGUAAGGGAGAUGCCUCCCCACGUGUGAGAAGGCAGGAACUGAACUCGGGGCCUUUGACAUGCGAAGGUGAUGCUCUGCUGCUGAACUCGGACCCCUCCCAUCCUCUCCAGUCUUGGCGCUUCAGGGCUCUGUCGGUUCCUCCCUUCCCUGUGUAGGAGUGGAACAGGCUGCAGAGUUGGGCUGCCUGCCUCUUCUUUCCAUUUUUGCCUCCCUGCCUUUUCCUGUUUCUCAAGAGGAAGCCCCUUCAGGAAAAGGAGGCAGGACUUCUUAAUAGAGGGCCCUGCGUUGAGGAAGCCCUCUUGGCCUCAGCAUUUUCUGAGAACGGCCAACAAGCUCCCACGGUGGGUCUUUACUUGCUUCUUCUGCCAAUCGAGGUUCAUAGGGUCCGGCUCCUUGGCAAGCCUUUUGGAGUAAUUAGGAACCGUCUUAGUUUCUGGCCGCUGUUUCCUUGUCGGUCCAGGUCUUUUCGCCCCAAGCUCCGAAAGAAUUUGCUGACUAGGCAGGUGGGGAAGAGGCUACGUUGCCAGCCUGGUAUUUCUCUCCCCUGCCCCCCCAACCCCCCCAAAAAAAAACUUUCUGUGACCCAAAUCAAAACUUUGCUGAGUUAAACCGAAGGGCUUGCUUCAAUUGAAAAAGACUUGCAAAUGAGUGUCAGGGAGGAGGCAAGGGUCCCUGCUGGGUCUCUGCUUGAGUCUCUGCUCGCCUCUUUGGACGAAUGAGCAGAACAGGAACUCCUGCAGGACGACAACGGGCAGCCUCCUCUGGGAAACAAAUCAUCCUGUGCCUCCGAUAGAAGAAUGAUCUGAUGAUUUGCGCCACAGAGACAUGGCAGAAUUAGCCAAUCCCAGCAACAGUUGAUUGGAAAGAGGCAUGUCUGCUGUAGGGAAUCAUGCAGAGAGGCGGUAAACAACCUCCUGACUUUUCUUUGCCUCCUGCCUCCUUGAUUAGUUUUUUGAGGAGAUGGCUUUCUUGAUAGAAACAGGGGAGAGGGAAGGAGCUGAAAUAGUAGAAUGUGCCCUGCUCCUUUGAAACGUAGGGUCUGGCUUGGCUGAGCUGAGCCAAGGGUCAUUCCUGACCUUUAUGAAGCCAAGAGUCCUCAUCUAUCUAAGUUGCAUAGUUCAGUGCUCUGUUCUCCAUAGCGUUCAAGCUGCUGAAACAUCUGGAGUGCAUUUGCUCUCUCCUCCCCUUUUCAACUGUCUGUCUUUCCUUCCUCAGGGAAAUUGAAGAAGAUGAAGUGAUAGCGGCCAUGAUCCAAAAGCUUGGUAAGCCUGAUCUGCGAUAUUUUUGGGGGGGAAGCCUUGGGGGAAGCCUUGUCCUUGGAUAAGACCAGGUGUGCUGGGUCAGAUCUGGACCACAUUCACAACACACAUUUAAAGCAAUAUCAAUCAAUCAUUUUAUCUGCAUGCUGCCUUUCCAAAGUUCAAACCAUGCUCAAGGCGCAGCUUACAACAUAUAUAUAUAUAUAUAAAACCACAUAGCUACACACAGAGCAAAAGUAGUCAUGACCGAUAAACAAAGCAUCAAAAGGUACACAGCCUGCUUACACGAUCGCCACAUAAAUUUUGAGAUCCAAAAGAAAGAUGCAAAAACUUCCUGCAACAACUUCCCCGAAGCAAUACAGUGGACGCUCGGGUUGUGAACGUGAUCCGUGCAGGAGGCACGUUCGCAACCCGCAGCGCCGUGUCUGCGGAUGCGCAGGUUGCGAUUCGAUGCUUCUGCGCAUGCGCGAUCGCCAAAACCCGGAAGUAACCCGUUCCGAUACUUCCGGGUUUCGGCGCGUCCGUAAUCCGAAAACGUGCAACCUGAAGCAUCUGUAACCCGAGGUAUGACUGUAAUCUGUUUGGCAGCCUCAGCUUUUGCAGCUGGAGUCAGUCCAGGCCCUAGGAGGAAACAAGACCAAUAGAAGCCCAGAUGGUGUUCUCCAUGUGGUGGUGUUGGACUCCAACUCCCAUCAGCCCCCAGCCAGGGAUGAUGGGAGUUGUAGCAGGCACCAUGCAGCCUGUCCCUCCCAUAGAUAACAACCUUCCUGGUUUGAGGAGUCAGGUGAUCUUGGGAAUCCAGUCUUGAGUCCUUUCCUGCAUUUACACUCCAUAAUCUAUCGCACCCCUUGAUCGCAACCACAUCUGCACUCUUGUUCAGUUAUGCAAAGGUGCGUACAGUGGUACCUCAGGUUAAGAACUGAAUUUGUUCUGGAGGUCCGUUCUUAACUUGAAACUGUUCUUAACCUGAAGCACCACUUUAGCUAAUGGGCCUCCUGCUGCCGCCAUCAUGCAAUUUCUGUUCUCAUCCUGAAGCAAAGUUUUUAACCCGAGGUACUAUUUCUGGGUUAGGGGAGUCUGUAACCUGAAGCGUCUGUAGCCCGAGGUACCACUGUAUUGUUUUUCUCGCCCUCUGCAGAUGUGCCCCGUAACACCCAGGAAAGUGAAAAGAAGAAAACGAAAUUCGGCUUAUUCCAUAUGUUGAAGAUAAAGAACAAGGCGGAAGACUGAAGUAUCUUCGGAGAGACGGAGAGUCCAUUUGCUGUCGGUGAUGGAGUAGCCAUUCCGUUUCUGUUUUCUGCUUUAGGAGAGUAAAAGCCAUUUGGCCAAAAAAAGAAAAGAAAGAAGAAAAAAGGAAGCUGAAGAAUCGAACAAGGGGUUUAUUCAAAACCUGGAAAGUGGACAGUCAGGGAUGGAGUGUCCCUGGUCCAGAUCCUCAAACUGAACAGGCCUUGAAAGCCAACUUGAUGGACUCAUUGGCAUCAUUUGGAGAGCAAAUGUGAUCAUUGGCUGGUGUUUCUCUGUACACUAGUCUGUCUGGAGAAUCCUAGUCCAGCCUAGAGCAAUUCAGGAACUCUGUUUAGGACCAGUUUCUUCCUCCUCUGCUACCAAGAGAGUACAGUGGUGCCUUGGUUCUCAAUCUUAAUCCGUUCCGGAAGUCCGUUCCAAAACCAAAGCAUUCCAAAACCAAGGCGCACUUUCCCAAAGAAAGUAAUGCAGAACGGAUUAAUCUGUUCCAGACUUUUAAAAACAACUCCUAAACCAGCAAUUUAACAUGAAUUUUACUAUCUAACGAGACUAUUGAUUCAUAAAAUGAAAGCAAUAAACAAUGUACUGCAGGCACACAAUCAAUCAAUCAAUCAGUAGCUGAACUGGGUUCCACACAGUCACAAAACAAAAAAGCCGCAAAAACAAAAACCCAAAUAUAUAGCAAAAACAGACAGACCUCAGUGUGGCACUCAAAUUGGAAGCGUAACACUCAAAACGGAGCACGUUUGGCUUCCAAACUAAGUUUGCAAACUGAAGCACUUUCUUCUGGGUUUGCAGUGUUUGGGUUCCAAGUUGUUGUGAGUACCAAGGAGUUUGAGAACCAAGGUACCACUGUAAUUGGGCAUGGAUGUAGAGCUGCCAGAAACCUUAUGGCUCCCCCAAAGAAUUCUGGGAAGUGUAGUUUGUUAAGGGUGCCGAAGGCUCUUAGGAGGCCCCUAUUCCCCUCACAGGGCUACAAUCAAGAGGAUUGCAAACCCACUCAGAGCCUGGUUCACACCACACAUUUAAAGCACUAUCUUACCUCUUUAAACAGUCCUGGCUUCUCCCGAAGGAUUAUGGGAGCUGUGGGAUUCUUGAUGGGUGCUGAGAGUUCUUAGGAGCCCCCCUGCUACAUUUCCCAGAGUGGUUCAACAACGGUCACCAUACAUUUAAACCACUGUCAUAGACCCUUAAUUUUUUAAGCAUCCCCCAAAGAAUUCUGGGCAUUGUAGUUUGUUCAGGAUGCUGGGAACUACAAUUCCCAGAACUACAAUUCCAAGACUUCCCUGGGAAGAGGAAGACACUCUGGGAAUUGUAGCUCUGGGAGGGGCAGUACCGGAUUUACGUAUGAGCUAAACAAGCUAUAGCUUAGGGCCCCACUCUCUUGGGCCCCCAAAAAAUUAAAGGGAAAAAACUGGAUGCACAUUUCCAAAAUAUAAGAUAAAAACAAAUAAAAUAAAACCUACAUCCAGCAACAGUGGUUUAUGUUGUGUAGGCUCCUAUGAUGUAAGUCAUGGGCCCCGCCUGCUAGCCUGCUCCCUAAAGUAUCACUGGUUUGCUCCUUUCUAUAUAUAGGGUGCCUACAUUCUGCAUGGACUGGUUGCAUGGCAACAUGGGCAAAUGGCUUGAGAUACCUAUUAAAGGUAAAGGUAAAGGUACCCCUGACCGUUAGGUCCAGUCGCGGAUGACUCUGGGGUUGUGCGCUCAUCUUACUCUAUAGGCCAAGGGAGCUGGCGUUUGCCCGCAGACAGCGAACCAGAGCAGCUCACGGAAACGCCGUUUACCUUCCCGCUGUAGCGGUACCUAUAUCUACUUGCACUUGACGUGCUUUCGAACUGCUAGGUUGGCAGGAGCAAGGACUGAGCAACGGGAUCUCACCCCGUUGCGGGGAUUCGAACUGCCAACCUUCCGAUCGGCAAGCCCUAGGCUCUGUGGUUUAGACCACAGCGCCACCUGUGUCUCAUAAGAUACCUAUUAGGUGCAUAAAUUUACCAUAUAGCAUAUAUUCCGCACAAAAAACAGCGGCAGACCCCUUCAUGUGUUGAGCAGAGAGGAGGGUGGCUUUAACUGGGGGGGGGGGGCUGCUGAAUUGGGCUUGGCUGUGCAUGCCAGGCGCAGAGCACCCAUAUAGAAUCAGCUCCCCCCACCCCAACAGUUAGAAUGGGAAGGGGGCCUGCUUGUUGGACUAGAUGACCCCCGGUGUCCCUUUCAAUUCCACAAUUCUAUGAUUCUGUGUGUGGGGAGACCAACUCGCUGCGAACAUUUCCUUCUCACCACUAGGUGGCAGCACAGCUCUCAGCAAGCCGGUUUGCCCAAAGCAUCACGGACCACUUGACUUUUCCUUCUUUUCAAAAUAAACCUCAGGAAGUUGUAUUAAAGACAGAAGGGAGGGGUGGAAAAAACAAAUAAGGGAAAUUUGUUCUUUUCUUAUAUAUAUAUAUAAAAGAACGACAACAUCCAAACAUGCGCGCCUGUGUAGCUAGCCGGUUGCUCCCUCAAUGGGCUUCCUUUUUGCACUUGUUUGUAUUAAAUCGAGAAUGAUUUAAACGGUGCUGGUUUAUAUAACGUGGCUUUGCUUUGGUGGCUCGGGGGAAGAAAUGGCCUUUUCCCUCAUCUGAAUUUCACCUGGUGUUUAUACUGACAGCCAAGGGAGAGGACUUUGGGCAAGUAAAUAAUAUUAAUAAAAAAGGGGACAGGC